UGUAAGCACAGGCGGUAGAUGCACAGUUCCACAAUGCAGUUCUCAGAAGAUAUAAGUCUUCUUCUGGCUCUUUGUAUUUCUUCUCUCUUCCUAUUUUUGGUGUUCAAAAAGUCUAUUUGGAAGAACAGACAUUUUCCACCAGGACCUACACCUCUUCCAAUCCUGGGAAAUAUUCUUCAACUGAAGGGAGAUUAUGUGAAGACAUUGAUCAAGGUAGGUCUUCAAUGAGUUACUUAUUGAUGAAAUGCGCAAGCUAGAUUAAGGUCAUGAUUAGUAUGGGAUAUUGUUGGCAAUAGAGUCUUUAAAAGGGGUGCAGUGUGUGUGUGUGAGGGGUCCAGUGUGUGUGUGUGUGAGGGGCCCAGUGUCUGAAGGAUGCAGGGUGUGUGUGAGGGGCCAGGGCGUGUGUAAUGAGUGCAAGGUGUGUGUGUGUGUGAUGCAGUGUGUUAGAGGUGCAGUGUGUGAGGGAUGCAGGGCGUGUGUAAGGGGUGCAGGGCGUGUGUAAGGAGUGUAAGGUGUGUGUGUGAGUGAUGCAGUGUGUUAGGGGUGCAGAGUGUUAUUGCGAGGGGUGCAAUGUGGGAGGGUUGCAGUUUGUGAUUGUGAAGGGUGCAGUGUAUGUGAUUGUGAGGAGUGCAGUGUUUGAGGGGUGCAGUGUGAAAGGUGUAGUGUGUGAUUGUUAGGGGUGCAGUGUGUGUGUGAUUGUGAGGGGUGCAGUGUGUGAGGGAUGCAAUAUGUUAUUGUGAGGGAUGCAAUGUACGGGGGUUGCAGUUUGUGAUUGUGAAGGGUGCAGUGUGUGUGGUUGUGUGGAGUGCAGUGUGUGAGGGGUGCAGUGUGUGAUUGUGUGGGGUGCAGUGUUUGUGUGUGAGGGGUGCCGUGUGUGUGCUUGUGAGGGGUGCAGUGUGUGAUUGUGAAGGUUGCAGUGUGAUUAUGAGGGGUGCAGUGUGUACGGGAUGCAGUGUGUGGUUGUGAGGGGUGCAUUGUGUGAUUGUGGGGGGUGCAGUGCUUGAAGUGUGAGACUUUGUAGGCUAGUAUUGGGGCUGAGUGUUGCGGGGUCUGAGAGGGGAGCAGCUUUUUGAAUUUUAUUAUUAUAGAUAUAUUUUUAAAAUAUAUUUUUUAAGUGUUUCGCCCCGUCCCUGUUUCUUACCUGCAUCCAGGGAAGGGGGCAGCAUAUUUCCUGGUGGUCCGGUGGCAUUGUAUUCCCAUUGUGGUCUGGUGGCGCCCUAGGGGCUCUCAACCUUCACCUCUGUGGCUCUGCAGGGUGAAGGCACUUCCUGCAAGUCCUGGCAUUAUGUGGAAUCAAGCGUUGCCGUGAUAACCACGGCGACGCUCUGAAACCCAGGAUUCAGUCAGCCGUGGAGGUGAAGGUAGAGAGCCUCCUGCCCCCCUUCUUGCUACAAAACUCUGUAAAGAGGGUGUAUGUAAAAUGAUGUAUGUAAGGGGCCUGAGCUUGCUGGGCCCCUUACAAGUAAAAGUUUAGCAACAUAUUUUUAUGAGGGGGAGGGGCAAUUGCCCUGUUGCUGCCCCCCCUGUAUCUGCAACUGCUAUAUAAUACAAGUAACAUUUUCAAGCACACUAAAAACUAUAAUAUAUUCAUUUAACUACUUAUUUUGUUGCCCUUACUAUACCAGCAUUAUGCAAACAUACACACGUCUAGCCAGUCAGCAGAGGGCGCUGCAGAGUUAUUGAAGUAACAAUGUAUAGUCUAUACAUUGAUUGCUGCUGUCACACACCUCUUUCAGGUGCUCCUGGGACCAAGUCCAUAGUCUGUAGGCAAGAGGCUGGCCUUCAAGCCUCUCCAAAAGGUCCUGGCAUAGGAGCUUCUGUCACAGUAUUAUUUUAUAAAAUGUUUACAUAUAAGUAAACACUUUAUUUCAGGGAAUCUCCUGGCUUACCUUUGACACUCCAGCUCCAGUUGCUGUGGACUACAUCUCCACUGAUGCUUUGCUGGUAUUAUAGUUGUAAGAUGUGACGAAGUGCCCUUCGCCACUUGUGCCUGGAGAGGACUGCUUGCCCGCCUCUUGCCCUGUGACUAUGGCCCCUGGGAUGUAUUGCCCUUUAAAGACAUGAUUUGGGCAUAAUGGAUUUGUGUUGUGCUGCUGCUGGCCCUUUAAGAACCAUCUGGGGACAUACUGUGGAGUUACUGGGUGGCCACCAUUUCCUGUAUCAGAAGCACAUGGUGAGAACAAUGGAUGGCGGCCAUUUUAACUCACAGACACUGUUUGGACUUUUCAACACGGUGCCAUCUUGCCAGUAUUUGGUGCACAGAGACAUCGUGCAGUGGUUUUGGACUAUACAGCAGGGGACACAUUAUAAAGUGAUUGUUUUUCAUUUAACCUGUAUAUGUUCUGCAGAAUCUGCAUUAAACUGUAUUUUCCAAAGUACUGAACGGAUCUGGGUGAAUUUUGGAUAUGUGGUUCACCCAGAUCCCCCGGUUCCAAGGAUAUACUUUUAUGGGGUUAUUGCAUGUUUUGGGGUCCCUGUGUGUUUUAUGAAACUGUAUUAUUUCUGGCCAGCAGAUAAUUGAGCUUUGUGUAUUGUAGAAACUCAAUUAUCUAGCCUGGCCCAGAGGAGGAGUUUUGUGUUGCAUAAAUUGUGAGUUCUGUGUGCCAGUAAAUCAGUCUUGUUCCAGCAUUAAGCCUUGGCUCAUGUUUGGGGGAAGGGAUACCUACACUCUGGGGAUUGCUAUAAUCACUUACUCCCCAGAGGAAGCUCUUGCAAUAGCUUGAUUUGUUCCUGUUCCUGCUCUCUGGGGAAAGAGAGGUUCACCCACUGGAAGCUGGAUCCUGGCCUUGGGUCCAGGGUGGGUGGAAACAGCAGAGACCCCGGCGCAGUUGCAUCGCUGGAAGUGGGGUCUGCAGUGCUGAUGGUGUCGGUUGGAGUGCUUGGAGUCCUCAGCGAGCACUAGGAGCAUCGAUUGGCGGAGGUACUCAGUCGGAGUGCCAGCGUUCCGUCACAUAAGAGAAUUAUGGGAGAUGUAGUCCAUAACAUCUGGAGUACCUGAGGUUGCCUACCCCUGCUCUAUGGGAAGUUUUGUUGAGAAGUGCCAUGUAUCUGCUAAUCCAUGUAAAUGGAUAAAACAACAUAGAAACAUAGAAACAUAGAAUGUGACGGCAGAUAAGAACCAUUUGGCACAUCUAGUCUGCCCAAUUUUCUAAAUACUUUCAUUAGUCCCUGGCCUUAUCUUAUAGUUAGGAUAGCCUUAUGCCUAUCCCACGCAUGCUUAAACUCCUUUACUGUGUUACAAGCUCAGGAUACAUUUGCGAGAGGCUCGUCACUCGUCUGGAUUUGUGAAUAUACACUAGAUGUUGCUUACCAGCAUGGGUUCUGGUUGGAUAAGCAAUGCUUCUAAAAGAGGGUAAGAAUAAGAGAGAAACUGAUAAAAAAUAUUUUUGUCAAGGCACACCCCCAAUACGCAAGCAAUAAAAAUAUAUAUCAUGUGUUACAGAACCUUAGAGUGGCUGGGCUUAAUGUAAUGAGCAAGGAAUAUAGUCCUAACAUAGAAUAAGGGCAACCAGGCACAUACCAAGGAUAGAAGAAGUUAAAAUAAACAAGUACACAAAGCCAAGAUCAAGCAUUCCAGAGGUAAGGCUAGUCAGAAACCAGAGCCAACUCAAACCAGAAAAACACACUGAAUACCAAAACGCAUUUUUGUCUGUAAAGUAGCAUGCAAAGCUAUUGGCAGAAAGGUUAGUUUGGUGGGCGGCUUGAACUGGGCGAAGGAGAGAGUUGAAGGUAUCAAAGAGACACCUGGGAUUGUGUGAACAUUAACUAAUGAGAGAGGAAAGGUAUAAUUGUUUAGCAAGGGUGAGGGCUGUGCUGUACGAAUGCAAGAUGACUUUAAAAUGGAGAUUGUCUGACAAGGACUUCCUCCAGCAGGGUUCAGCUGAACAGGAGCAUCUCUGCAGGGAGCGGGUCGACUUAGUAUUCCAUGGUUGGAGGCACGUCUUUCUUGAGGGGCAUGUUUUGAGUGGGGCGGCAGCAUCCAGGGCAGAGGUGAGGGUAGCGUUAUACGAGGAAAUAGCAAGAGAGGGACAUGAGAAGGUAGGGAUGGAUGAGAAUGCAGAAUGGACAUCAGCUGACAGUUGCUGCAGUUCAAUAGAAUUCAGGUUCCUUCUGAGUUGAGGGGGGUUAGGAUGAGGAUGUUGGGUGAGGAGGCUGUCAAAAACAAAUUAUGAAAGGUGGUAACCUGAGAGAGCAAAUGGAGUGUUACGGAGCUUAGAGACUAUGCAUACAUCAGAAGGAAUAAAAUGAAUACACACAGAGACAUUUAUACAAUAAUAAAUAAUAAACCAUAUAGAGGCUGUAAUAUAAGCAAACAUUUGAUAAGUAUUAAGUCAUAGACUCGAUCAUAGGAUUCCAGUAUAUUUAAUUCAUUAAUUAAGCUUGAGCGUUACUGCUCUAGAAUUAUUUCUAAAUCCCAUCUUGAAGCCCACAAACCUCCAUUAUGAAAUAACUUUAGUUGCCCUCGACCUCCAGCAUUUAGUUCUUAGUAAAACUAUUUUAACCCUUCAAUAUUCCAUGCAGUUCCGUGAGACAUACGGGGAUGUUUGUACCAUUUACCUGGGGUCACGGCCAGUGAUUUUGGUAACUGGCUACAAGGCAGUGAAAGAAGUCCUCGUGGACAAAGCUGAUGACUUUUUGGCUCGUGGAGAGAUGCCUGCCUUUGACUCUUACUACAAGAAUUAUGGUGAGUUAAAAAAUGGCUGUAAUUAGAUUAAUACAUUUGUUUCUUUAAACUGAAUUUCUCAAUCCCCCCCAGCCUCAACCAGUUAGCCUUUCAGACAGGAAGAGGAAGAGAUGACCUCUAGGCCUUCAGAGUCCCCAGUGAUAGGUGCUUUUAGGUUUGCCCAGCAGCCUAUGACUGAUAGGGAUUGUGUCUGUUCUUAACAGUGAGCUUGUCUGUAGUAAGCUUAUGUCUGGUUGUCCGUGACAUGGUCUAUAGUGUGUUUGUGUGUAUGUCAGUGAACUUGCGUAGGUCAGAGAGCUUCUGUGUGUGUGUGAGUGUGCCUGACUGUAGUGAGCUUAUGCAUGUUUGUGUCAGUGAGGUUGUCUGUAGUGAUAUUGUGUGAGUAUGUGCCAGUGAACUUGUCUGUGUCAGUAUGUUUGCCUGUUUUGUGCUUUUGUGUUUGUGUCAGUGAGCUUGUCUGUAGUGAGCUUGUGUAUGAGUGAGCUUGUGUGGAUCAGAGAGCUCCUAUAUAUUUGUGUGAGUGAGCUAAUAUUUGUGAGCUUGUGUGUAUCAGAGAGCUUGUCUGUUGUGAGCUUGUUUGUUUGUGUCAGUCAACUUGUGUGUAGUGAACUUGUGUGCGUGUCAGUACGUUUGUCUGUUGUGAGCUAAGUUGUUUUUGUGUUUGUCAGUGAUCUUGUCAGUAGGGAGCUUGUGUUGUUCAGAGAGCUUCAUUGUGUGUAGUGAGUUUUGUUCUGUGUGUAAGUGAGAUGGUCUGUAGUGAGCUUGUGUGUGUGUGUCAGUGAGCUUGUCUGUUGUGAGCUUUUCUUUGUCUGUGUCAGACAGACUUCAGGGUGGGUUUUACAGCACUGUAACACCAUGAUUCAGUGGAGCUAGGGGCUGUAGAUAAGUAUCGAUAUAACUGAUCCCAAAGUACAUUAAUAAAAAUACACACACUCUAUGUGACACAAUGAAUUAUUUAUCAUAUAAUGAAAUUCUUUAAUCAUUAUGUGUCUACGCAUGAAAAAAAAAUCAAAAAGUAAAUGUUUUUCUUAUAUUUGUUUUUGAUAACACUGUAAAUAUUAUGUUAGUUAAGUGGUAACGAUAUGUAGGAGAUAUACUCAAGUGAGAGCCUUGGUACAUGCGUUUGUGACCUUGAUGUAGAUACAUGUAAAUGUUACCUGAUUUUUCUUGUAUAAAGGGCCAUCUAGGCACCAUAACCACUUCAUCUCAUUCUCAACCGGCUGGAAUAUUUUUUUUUCAGGGCUGCUUUGUGUUCCCAGUCUGGCCCUAAGGUAAUCAACACAGUAAAGGAGGAGACAAUAUUUAAAGGAAGAAAAACUACCACAACAAGAGGACAUAGUCUUAAAUUAGAGGGGCAAAGGUUUAAAAAUAAUAUCAGGAAGUAUUACUUUACUGAGAGGGUAGUGGAUGCAUGGAAUAGCCUUCCAGCUGAAAUUAUUAUUAUGAUAUUUAUGAUAUUAUAUAGUGCCAUCAAAUUCCGCAGUGCUUUACAAUGGGCGGAUGAACCGACAUGUAGUUGUAACAAGACAAGUUGAACACACAGGAACAGAGGGGUUGAGGGCCCUGCUCAAUGAGCUUACAUGCUAGAGGUAGAGGGAGUGGGGUGAAAGGGAAGGAAAUUACAGUAGUCAAGGUGAGAAAGGACAGUGGAAUGGACCAACACCUUAGUCGCAUCUGUCGUUAAGUAGGGGCGAAUGCGCGCAAUGUUUUUGAGAUGGAAAUGACAGAAUUUGGCGAUAGAUUGAACAUGAGGCUUGAAGGAGAGGUCGGAGUAAAAGAGAACAUCUAGCCAGCGAGCCUGCGUGGUGGAGCUGAUGGUAGCACCAUUGACUUGGAGACAGACAGACACAGGAGUAACAACACUUGAGGGAGGAAAGACCAGAAUUUCAGUUUUGGUCAGGUUUAGUUUAAGGAAGUGGGCAGCCAUCCAGUUAGAAAGCAGAGAGGCAGUCAGAUACAUUAGUCAAGAGGGACGGGGAAAGAUCAGGAGAGGACAGGUGGAUUUGCGUGUCAUCUGCAUAGGUUCUUAUCUGCUGGCACAUUUUCUGUUUCUAUGUUUCUAACAGCAAUGGAAGUAAUCUGGCAGCUAGCCAAAGAUCCAGAUCCAUACAAAUAUUUUUUGUAAAAUCUAGGCAUUGCAAAACAAUCUAUGGCCUCAUUUAAAUAUUUUUGGAUAAUGUUUUUUAAAUAAUUUAAUAUUUUGGAUAAACUUUUAAAAUGGUUUUAUAGUUUGAAAAAUAUUGAAAUAUUGUGAUAUUUUUGGAAAUUCUAAAUUAAACAGAAUUUGCAAUAAAGGAAGUAUAAACAUUAGAUGACUGUUUACAGGAAGUGUUUAGGAAGGCUGUGUAAGUCACAUUAAGCUAAAGUUGUUUUGGUGAUUAUUGUGUCCCUUUAACCUAUUGGAAUUGUAAGAACUAAAUUAGGCCAAAAUCAUUCAACAGAAACUUUCUCCAAUUUGACUGUAUUCAAUCAGCUACCUUGGACUAGAUAUUGCAAUUUCCUCACCAAUUCACCUAGCCUACCUAUACAGAGCAGGCAUGCAACUUAAUGAAUAAACAACAAAAUAACUAGUGCAAUUUAUAAUUUGUUUUACUUUUAUAUCUGCUAGUAAAGUAUUGUGUUUCAGUUUUUCACCACUUACUAGUUGAAAGUUUAUCUCAUGUGAAAACUGUUUUUUGUGUUAUAAAGUUUUUACUCUUGUAUUUUAGGAAAUAUACCUGGGGCCAAUACAUUAUAAGAAAAAUUCUGUGUCUUUUUAUGUAUUACCAUAGGUUUAUAGGGGAUUAAACUUUGUAAAUCAUCAUAGUUCCUCAGAUCUGCUCAAUGUUUUAUAAUUUCUGACUAAAUGUAUUUGCCAAUAGAAUGAGGGGCUUCCAUCCAUUUACUGCCGCCUAUUAUUGUUUUGUUUUUUUGGCACAUUAGCCAUACCCUCCAGUGGGGAACAGAACUAGGGUUGUCGGAGAAACCACAUUCAGUCUCAUACCGGUUGAGAAUGAGAUGAAGCGGUUUUGGUGCCUAGAUUGCCUCUUUACACAAGAAAAUCAGAUAACAUUUACAACAGAGGCAUAACUAGAAACCACGGGGCCCUAGUGUGAAAAUUGCCCUGGGCCCCCCAUACGUCUACCCCAACCCAUAUGUUUCUGCCCCCCAUAUGUCCCCGCCCCCUCACACAUCCCCCCACAUAAGCAGACAAACAGAUACACAUGCAGACACUUACAUAGACACACACACAUAGGCACACAUACAUGUAGACACACACAUACACACAGACACACACAUACAUACUAACACACAAACACAUACAGACACACAGACAAACAAACACACACAUACAGACACACAUACACACAGACAUACAUACAAACACACACAAACAUAUACACAGAGACACAAACACACACACAGACAAAUACAUACAAACACACAAAUACACACAGAGACCCAUACAUACAGACACACAUACAUACACACAGACACACAUAUAUACAGACACACACGGACACAUAAACACAGUGACACAGACACACACAUACAGACAUACAGACACACAUACAUACAGACACACAUACACACACACACACACAGAUACAGGCACACAGAGACACAGACACACACACACACAUACAGACAUACAGACACACAUACAUACAGAAACACGCAUACACACACACAGAGACACAUGCACCUUUUAGGUGCAGGAGGGAGACUUUCCCUGGUGUCCAGUGGCUCAGGCUGAUGGGAGUCAGAGUUCCCACUCUGACCUCCUUCUUCUCUUCCUCCCGCACAGGCUCUGUAAUUGAAGGGAGGAAGUGACCGAGACAGUCACUUCGUCCCUGCACUCUGAUGUCAUCAAAGGGGACCAGGUUGCGCUGUUAAAGCUUCACAGCGAAGACCGGGCCCCCUGGAAAUUUAUUUCCAUCGGGUGGCCCUAACAGCAUGGGUCACCCAAUGGGCCCCUUAAUGUUAUACUGGCCCACGAAGUUAUACUUCGUGUGCCAGGGCCGCAAUACAUGGUCGGUGGGCACCCGGUCGCACGUGUCCACAGGGUGGACAUCAAGGUCACAAGUAGAGUAUAUCUCCUACAUAUCGUUCUCACUUAACUAACAUAUUACAUACAGUGUUAUCGAAAACAAAUAUAAGAAACAUUUUUACUUUUUGAUUUUUUUUUAAUGUGUAUACAUUCAAUGAUUAGAAAAUUGUAUUAAAUUAUAAAUAAUAAGUCAUGUCACUUCUGAUGGAGCACACACCAGGUUGCAAUUUUCAACUUUAACUGACCAUAUGAGGAUGCAUUCCACUGUUUUGAUCAUUUUUAGGUUUAAUUUUUACCAGCGACAUGAACCGUUGGCGACAGCUCAGACGUUUUUCUCUCUCUGCCUUACGAGAUUUCGGAAUGGGGAAGAAGAGCUUAGAGGAGAAAAUUCAGGAAGAAGCAGCAUGUUUGGUAAAGGAGCUACAGAAAAUGGAAGGUUGGUGUAUAAUUUACAAAGUAAGAAACACUGCUAUAGGGACAGAGGUAAAACAUACUAUAUUAUUAAGAGGGCUUCAAUAAUAAUUCCAACAGAGAUUUGAACAAAGUAUUUUCACUUAAUUAAUAAUAAUAGCGAACACCGACCUCCCCUGGCUGUUAACCACAAAUUAACAACUUGACACAUUAGCUUGAGUAUUUUCCCUGGGUGGCCUCCAUUCGUAUAACCGAACGUAUGUGGUCCAGUGCAUGGUGGCCAUUUUGAUUUUGUCUCCCGAACACAGACAGCAGUACAUGGUCGCCGAAUGCCUAGAACUAUUUUUCAGCCACCCGAGUCCGCGAACCUGGGUGGAGUCCGUACUGUUGUCCGUUCAACUUCCCGACCACCUAGUCGAACGACGGGGGAGCAUUCGUUUCAGAAAAGCCAAGGGGAGUGUUUGUCAGUGUUCACACAGGAACCCCCAAAAGCCGACUGGCCAUCUUGCCCAAUCCUCUGGAACUGUUUUGAGUUAUCACCUCGUGGCCGGUCGGUCAAAACUUUACUCGAAUAGCAAUUUCAUUCUACUGAACCGAUCUGAGUGCUUUUUGGAUAUGUUGGGUGCUCAGAUCAGAGUUGUUUGGGGAUAUGAUUUUUGUGGGGUUUCUGUAUUAUUUUCAUGUAUUUUUGGGGUAUUUUAAAAUAUGUGUGUCAGUUUCUGUAUUUGAGAGAUAAUUGAGUUAUCCCAAUUUUAGCUCAAUUAUCUCUCAAACACAAAGGCUCUUGGGAAGAAACCCCUUUCUUCUUGAUGUGUAGACCCCAUGCUAGGGGCCAGUGCAUAAAAGCCGUGUGUGGCAGAAUAAAGUUCAGUUGUACUCCCAGAACUGUGUGUUGUCCAGUUACUGGGGAAGAGGUAGGCUAUUUACUUGGCAGUAUCUUGUUCCUGAGUUCUACUAUUGGUGAUCCAGUGGAGGAAAGUCCCGGUCAGGACUAGGGCUCUGCUACACAGCCUUUUUUAAAAAAAGACUCUCUUGUUUGAUUCUUUAUGUUCUGCCACAUUUCCCUUAUCUAAUUGGUUCUUGAUCCACCCGUGGUGAGCCAAAUUCUCAUGCUUGAGGGCAAAAUAGCAUUUCUUGAAAUGUUCUCUUUCCAAGCUAUUUUUCUGAGUCAUCUUGUUUUGUUACUAUUUAUCACUGUAUUAAUUAAAUGUCUUACUUAAUGCUCUUUAUUGUUCUUUGGAAAUGUUUUAGAAGCCUUCUUUGACCCUGGUCAAUGUCUAAGCAAGCCACCGUGUAACAUUAUAUUCUCCAUCAUGUUUGGGAAUCGACAGAAGUACGAUGAUGAAGAGCUUCUUAAUGUAAUAGAAUACGUACAUAAAAGUUUUUUGGUAGUUUCCUCACCAUGGGGCCAGGUAAGAAAGACACGUAAACACAUAUACAAAUAACACAAUAAAACCAAAGUGUGUUUAUUUUAAUGUUAAUGGAUUCCUUCCAGUUAUUUGAAAUGUUCCCGGGGGUCAUGAAGUUCAUUCCUGGUCCUCACCAAACGAUAUCUGAAUACCUAGAAAAACUCCAAAUCUAUGUAGAGAAGAGGGUUGAAAUGAAUGAGAAAACGCUGGAUCCUGCCAAUCCAAGGGACUAUGUUGAUACUUUCCUCAUUAAAAUGAAAAAGGUAGAAUUUUAAAAGUGACAAUAAUAUCUAAAAAGGCCCUGUGCACACACAAUAUUACUAUAUAUAUGCAGAGCAACAAUAGAAGUUAUAAGAAGAACUAUAUAGAGUAACAGGAGGAAUUAUAUGUUGGGUUAUAUGGAGUAACUGGAGGCGUUAUAAGGAGGGUUAUACAGAGUAAUAGGAGGAGUUAUAUGGAUUUUAUAUGGACUAAUAGGAGGAGUUAUAGGGAAGUACAUGGAGUAAUAGGGGGAGUUAUAGGGAGGAUAUAUGGAGUAAUAGGAGGGGUUAUAGAGAGGGUUAUAUGGAGUAAUAGGAGGAGUUAUAGGGAGGGUAUAUGGAGUAAUAGGAGGGGUUAUAGAGAGGGUUAUAUGGAGUAAUAGGAGGGGUUAUAGGGAGGGUUAUAUGGAGUAUUAGGAGGAGUUAUAGAUAGGGUUUUAUGGAGUAACAGGAGGAGUUAUCGGGAGGGUUAUACAGAGUAAUAGGAGGGGUUAUAGGGAGGGUUAUAUGGAGUAAUAGGAGGAGUUAUAGGGAGGGUUAUAUGGAGUAAUAGAAGGAGUUAUAGGGAGGGUUAUAUUGAGUAAUAGGAGGGGUUAUAGGGAGGGUUAUAUGGAGUAAUAGGAGGAGUUAUAGGGAGGGUUAUAUGUAGUAAUAGAAGGAGUUAUAGGGAGGGUUAUAUAGAGUAAUAGGACGAGUUAUAUGGAUGUUAUAUGGAGUAAUAGGAGGAGGUAUAAGGAGGGUUAUAUGGAGUAAUAUGAAGAGUUAUAGGGAGGGUUAUAUUGAGUAAUAGGAGGAGUUAUAGGGAGGGUUAUAUGGAGUAAUUGGAGGGGUUAUAGAGAGGGUUAUAUGGAGUAAUAGGAGGAGUUAUAGGGAGGGUUAUGUGGAGUAAUAGGAGGAGUUAUAGGGAGGGUAUAUGGAGUAAUAGGAGGGGUUAUAGGGAAGUACAUGGAGUAAUAGGGGGAGUUAUAGGGAGGAUAUAUGGAGUAAUAGGAGGGGUUAUAGAGAGGGUUAUAUGGAGUAAUAGGAGGAGUUAUAGGGAGGGUAUAUGGAGUAAUAGGAGGGGUUAUAGAGAGGGUUAUAUGGAGUAAUAGGAGGGGUUAUAGGGAGGGUUAUAUGGAGUAUUAGGAGGAGUUAUAGAUAGGGUUUUAUGGAGUAACAGGAGGAGUUAUCGGGAGGGUUAUACAGAGUAAUAGGAGGGGUUAUAGGGAGGGUUAUAUGGAGUAAUAGGAGGAGUUAUAGGGAGGGUUAUAUGGAGUAAUAGAAGGAGUUAUAGGGAGGGUUAUAUGGAGUAAUAGGAGGGGUUAUAGGGAGGGUUAUAUGGAGUAAUAGGAGGAGUUAUAGGGAGGGUUAUAUGUAGUAAUAGAAGGAGUUAUAGGGAGGGUUAUAUAGAGUAAUAGGACGAGUUAUAUGGAUGUUAUAUGGAGUAAUAGGAGGAGGUAUAAGGAGGGUUAUAUGGAGUAAUAUGAAGAGUUAUAGGGAGGGUUAUAUUGAGUAAUAGGAGGAGUUAUAGGGAGGGUUAUAUGGAGUAAUAGGAGGGGUUAUAGAGAGGGUUAUAUGGAGUAAUAGGAGGAGUAUAGGGUUAUGUGGAGUAAUUAGGGUAUAUGGAGUAAUAGGAGGGGUUAUAGGGAAGUACGAGGGUUAUAUAGAGAUGUAUUAGGAGGGGUUAUAGGAGGGUAAUAGGAGGAGUUAUAGAGGGUUUUAUGGAGUAACAGGAGGAAGGAGGAGUAAUAGGAGGGGUUAUGGAGGGUUAUAUGGAGUGUUAUAGGAGGGUUAGUGGAGUAAUAGAAGGAGUUAUAGGGGGUAUAUUGAGUAAUAGGAGGGGUUAUAUAUGGAGGAGGAGUUAUAGGGAGGGUUAUAUGUAGUAAUAGAAGGAGUUAUAGGAGGGUUAUAUAGAGUAAUAGGAGUUAUAUGAUGUUAUAUGGAGUAGAGGAGGGGAGGGUUAUGGAGUAUGAAGAGAGGAGGGUUAUAUUGAGUAUAGGAGGAGUUAUAGGGAGGGUUAUAUGGAGUAAUUGGAGGUUAUAGAGAGGGUUAUAUGGAGUAAUAGGAGGAGUUAUAGGAGGGUUAUGUGGAGUAAUAGGAGGAGUUAUAGAGAGGUUAUAUGGAGUAAUAGGAGGAGUUAUAGGAGCGUUAUAUGGAGUAAUAGGAGGAGUUAUAGAUAGGGUUUUAUGGAGUAAUAGGAGGAGUUAUCGGGAGGGUUAUACAGAGUAAUAGGAGGGGUUAUAGGGAGGGUUAUAUGGAGUAAUAGAAGGAGUUAUAGGGAGGGUUAUAUUGAGUAAUAGGAGGAGUUAUAGGGAGGGUUAUAUGGAGUAAUAGAAGGAGUUAUAGGGAGGUUAUAUGGAGUAAUAGGACGGUUAUAGGGAGGGUUAUAUGGAGUAAUAGGAGGAGUUAUAGGGAGGGUUAUAUGGAGUAAUAGGAGGAAUUAUAUGGAGGGUUAUAUGGAGUAAUAGGACGGUUAUAGGGAGGGUUAUAUGGAGGUUAUAUGGAGUAAUAGGAGGGGUUAUAAGGAGGUCAUAUGGAAUAAUAGAAGGAGUUAUAGGGAGUGUUAUAUGGAGUAAUAUAAAAGGGGUCAUAGGAAGGAGGUUAUAUAGAGGGUUAUAUUAAUAUGGAGCAACAUAGAAAAUUAUAACAAGAGUUCUGUGGUCCAAUGUGAUGGGCCUAAUAGACGAUUAUGUGAGGUAUUUUAAUUAUCUGACUACUGUAAAACAUAAUUAACCGUAUUUUCACUUCCAUCCUCUGUUAAUGUAUCAGGAUAAGAAGGAUCCACAGAGUGAAUUCAGCCUCCGAAAUCUGGUAUAUUCAACUUUACAAAUUUUCUUCGCUGGGGUGGAAACCAUAAGCAGUGUAUUAACAUAUUCUCUUCUUAUAUUACUGAAGAAUCCAGACAUCAUUGGUGAGUGAUUGUAUUCAGGGUUAGUAUUGUAGAAUUAGGGAUACUAAUAGAAUUGGGGUUUAGUGUAAACAAAGCAAGAAUUAGGGAUAGGGUCAGCAUACAUUUUUUCCAUGAAGUUAUUUUGGGAUAGGGCAAAAAUAGGUAAAUGUUUUUUUAAUUCUUUAUUUUUCAUCUUGACAAAAGUAGCCAGGUAACAUUGACAUUAUGGCUUAUGCAAAAGCCCAAUAAAUCUCAAACAUAUUCAAUUGUAGUUAUACAGAUGCUAAUGCAGUACAAAACCAGCGAUAAAAGUAGUGAUAUGCUUAUUUGGCUACCUGCCAAGGGAUUUUUUUUUUUGUUUUGUUAAUCCUUUGAUUGUGCUCAAUAGACACAGUGGGUUUACAUAAACUUUUGGGCUUACGCGGAAGCCUACUUGAAUAAAAAAAUUUGGAAACAUAUUGCAGUGCGACAGAUACAACAUAAGCCAAUUCCUUAAAAAGAAAAACCAUUGGUACCUGUCGUCUACUGAGGGUUUUAUGUUUUCAUACACUUCCUUUUUCUGUUAAAUUCGUCAUGUUCCCUUUUUGGAAGUUUUAAUUUUCACCCUAAACAGAACAGGUGUAUAUACACUCUUAGGCUUACGAGGAAGCCGAAGGAACUACAUAGCUUUAUAAGGAAAUACUAUGCAACCUUAUCCUCGCAUGCGCUCUUUACUAUAAACCCUUGGGGCCCACAGUCUAUUGGGGUAAUUUAUGUUUUAAAGUAGCCUUCAUGUUCGCUUAUCAUUCUAGUACUUAAGCUACAUUAUUCCUCCGACCGUGUGAAGGUAAAUGUUUUAGUAGCAGUAAAAAAAGCAAAAAAAAUUUAUAAUAUGCUAAUUUAAUUUAUAGCAUUUCAGCUUUUUUAUUUUAUAAAAAUUUUUUGUUCCUGCAGAGGUCCGUGCCAUGAUAAAAUGGACACUGGGUCAAACUCUGAUGUUGUCCAGCUUCACUUCCGCCUCACUUUUGGAUACAUUUUUCAAAUGAAUGAAUAUUUUUAGAUAAACUUUAAAAAAAUAAUUUUUCAAAAUAUUAAAAUAUAAAAAAAAUAUAUCACAUACUUAUUUUGAGUAAAAAGGCUUUCUCAGUUGUCAUCACUUAAAAAAUAGGUACGAUUUGUGACAAGGUUCAGUCAUGCUCUAAUCCAAGUUUCCUUACUUUAUAUUUGGGAGUAGCAGAAUACAAAUUUAUUAGCACACAAUUUACAUAUCAGGACUGCAAUAUUGUCCUGGAAAAUGUAAUGCAAGUGUAAAAAGCAGAUGGAAAUCAUUGUCCAUCUGGUAAACUGACUUUCCGGACACCUAAAGUAAUUUAAAGCUUUAUUUUUGAAGAGUGUCCUUUUUUUUCAUUUUACAAAAAGAGGUCAGAGAUCUCAAAAGAAAGCGCUUUUAUAAUUUAAACUUGUUACACCUCCCUGGCUGUCAAUCAUAUAACUGGUCCUGUUACUUCCUGGUUUGGUUAGCUCAGUGGAGAUAAACUCAAGAGGCAGCAAUUGCCCAAAACACCUGCCUUGCAAAGACUUCUUAUUGAGCUACAUUGGGAAGUCUGUGAUUGGACAGACACAGAAUGUCUGGGCGGGGUUGAAGGGGAAGGGCUUGCAAAGGCUGCAGAAAAGAGAUCUACUGUGUUUUGUAGAUAACCUCAAGGAAAUAAUUGCAUGCUUUCAUUGGGAGUAUAUCUACCAAACAGUGAUAUUUAUUUUGUUUGCAUUUGGAGAGUCCUUUUAAUGUUGUGCUAUGUAUACAUAUGAGGUAUAUCAAGAAAGCCCUGUUUUUAAUGUGUAUUCUCUUUUGGCGCUCUUAAAGAAUAUCUGCACUUUUUGCAAAAUUAAAAAAAUAGGAUACACACUUCAUACAUAAAGCUUCUUUAGCAAGCUAAAAAAGUGUUGAUUUUACCUUUUGUUAGGUGUUCUUCAAUAAAUAAGUCACUUAAAAAAAUGCAGUAACAUGUAGUAAUGUAGACCCUGUGUACAGAUCACCAUCUUUCUCUCCAUAUUAGCCAAAGUCCAAGAAGAAAUAGACAGAGUUAUAGGAAGAGACCGCUGCCCAACUCUACAAGACCGAAGUCAGAUGCCGUAUACCGACACCGUGAUGCACGAAAUGCUGAGAUUUAUAGACCUUCUUCCCCUUGGAGUUCCACGAAAAACAACCAAAGAUACGGAGCUUCAAGGAUACACCAUUCCAAAGGUACAGACCAAGUGGGGCAGGUAGGGCAGGAGUGGAAGGGCCCACACCAGGCUGUCAAUAUAGCUUUAUGGCUGAGAUUCAGAUCUCUUUUUGACCUUUAGGAAGUCCUGCAUACUGACCUCAUGGUUCUGGUAAAUGUAGUCAUAUCUGUGACUGAGAUUAGGUUAGUUAAUAAACAUCAUAAUAUGAUUUACGGAUUUCUACUACGCAUGCGUGUCAAUUGCCGCUCUCGCAGUAGGAUUUUCCAUCCAAAUUUUAAUGCUUUCCUAUUGUGAUUCCAUUGGCGCUGGAAGUCCUCAUGCAUAGCGUGAGGGCAUCCAGCAUCAUUUAGUGGACCAAUAUUCACCGAAUGAUCCAGAAGUCCCUGGUAGACAGACACUAGAGGAGGAGUUAACCCUAGCUGGUAAUUAUUGCACUUUAUUAAAACUGCAAUAAUUACAUCCUCAGGGUUAAGGGUGAUAAGGGUUUGCACCCAGACCACUUCAAUGAUUACAGUAUCCUUUUAAUGUAAUGCCUACAGUGUCCCGUUAAUGUAAUGCCUACAGUGUCCAUUUAAUGUAAUAGCUCUGGGACAUAGAACUUGUCUCUGUAGCCUCAGUAGUGUAAAUGCUGUCUUUUUGGAUAAAAGGCAGUGUUUACGUUGCUGCCCAAUGCCACCUCUAGUGGCCGUCACUCUGGCAGCAAGAAGAAUAACUUCCAGGGUUUCGGUUCUACCAAAAUUGACGCCUUGCAUGGAGACACUGAAUGCUCCCCAUAGAGAUGCAUUGCCUCAAUUUAACUCUAUGAGGAGAUUGUGUUUGGCAUAGUGUGGGGAUUGACAUGCACUCUAGGCUCCCAUUGCUUCUCUAUAGGGAAGCAUUGGAUUGGCUGAGAGCAUGAGGAUUGAGCCAGAGGUGACUGCGCAGCUGGGGGGAAAUAGUCAAACUGCUUUUUGUCUUGUUUCGUUAUUUUGUUCUGGGACCUUAAUCUUAAUAGGUCGGCUAAAACUAUAGCGUUAGGAAUACAUAUUGUAUUGCUAAUUCUACAGUGUCCCUUUCAGGAUUCUGAACCUGCAAGGCAGUGCAUUGUAUCAAUAUUGACAUCUUACCAAUAAUAAUUUAAAGUGACACACUGAUAACGUUUAUCAAACAAAGCAAUUACCUUGUUCCACGCUCUUACUGCCUUCAGCGUGUACAUAUUGUUGGAGGUACAGCCUAGUCCCCAGAGAAGUCCAAAGGAACUUACAGUCAAAAUGAUACGUCCAUGUUUCUGUGCUUUAAAAUUACAAUAUGUAGAACACAAUGUCCGCUAUAGGAGGCAUCAUAAUUACAUUAUUUUAUUAAAUACUGUAGCAGUUUCCUUCCUACUGAAAUCCCUGCUUUCUGUGCUGUGAAUAUCAAUCAAUAAAGUAAUAUCUCUGCCAGUAACAUUCCAUUAUUGUUAUAUUUCUCUUUUCAGAAAUAUUCACUGCAGCCAAAUAACUGAACUUAUCUUUCCACUGGGAAUGUUUCCAAUGAUGUAUCUUUCCAUCCAGCUGUUUUGUUAUAUUGUAACCAUUAAACUGUUUUUCAGGGCACCAAUGUUUUCCCAGUGCUCUCCUCGGUGCUAAAAGACCGCUCCUGCUUCCCGUACCCGUCAGAAUUCAAUCCCCAAAAUUUCCAGGAUGAAAAUGGGGAAUUUAAGAAGAAUGAUGCCUUUAUACCUUUAGGUGCAGGUAAGUAACACUCAGAAACUUUCUUUAUUUGCAGCUCAGCUGUAAUGAGUUCACAAAGUAGUUCACUGGGAGUCCUGUAAAUGGGGAAGGGAUUGAGCAUUGCCUUGAGCGGGUCACCAGGUAAGGACACGAGGAUAAAACAACACAAGAACAGAACACGAUUGGAAGAACUUGAUAUGGGAUAUUGAGCAACCAGGAGCAAUCUUUCUGCCAUAUUGCUACACACAUCAUCCAUUUUGUAAUAACUUGACCCUGUAUAUAUAUAUAAAUACAUUUAUAUUUUCUCCCCUCUCCUGGGUGGUAUGUUUAUUCCUCAAUCUUGGGUGCUCUAUCCGAGGUCAGGGAAUCUGAGGGUUCUGCACUAUAUUUUAGCUGUUCCUAUGACUGCAUUCUUCUGGAAAGAGAUCUCAGAUGUCCCACCAGGAAUCUGUUGAAAUCACUCCCCCAACUUGGGAGUCACAGCCCCGAGUGCUCCUAUCACAACUGGGACUACUACUGCCUUCACUUUCCAUGUCCUUUCUAGUUUUUCUGUCAGUCCUUGGUAUUUGUCCAUCUUCUCAUGUUCCUUCUUCCUGAUGUUAUUGUCACUGGGGAUUGCUACAGCCACCAUGACUGCAGUCUUUCGUUCCUUGGCUACCACCAUGGUAGAUUUUCAGGUUGGUUGACUGGAUUUGAAAGCCCCACAGGAUCUUAGCCCUGUCAUUCUCAACCACACUUUGUGGCAUCUCCCAUCUGGACAUAGGCAGGUCCAGCCCAUAUUCUAAACAGAUGUUGUGGUACACAAUCCCAGCAACUUGGUUGUGUCUCUCCGUUUAUGCUGUUCCUGCUAACAUCUUUGCACAGUCUGCACUUUGGGUCAUGCCCGGUGUGGUAAACUCCAGCUCCUAUUGAUCUGGUGCUGAGUGCCUGUUCCUAUGCUGCUAGGAUUAGUGCAUCAGUGCUGUCUUUCAGUCCUGCAUUUCUAACCACUGGUAGAAUUUUGUCAUGUGAGUCACAUCCACAUCCUCAUCUUGCGUCCUAUAUUGGUUGUUGUCUCAGGCAUUCCCUUAGCAGUUCUUCUUUGGGAACCAUCUUUGUGAUGUACCUGUGGAUGCUCCGUGUUUGUCUGUGGCAUUUCUCAUUCACGAAAGUUGUGUUCUGGUGUGAUGUGUCAUAAUGUCACACACAUGUUGGUUUUGGUUUGGCCAAGGGAAAAAUGUACUGAAUCAUUGGAAUGAAUCCAUGUAGCCUCUUUUAUAUUCUGACAUUUGUUCUCAAUGACCCCUGAUCAUAGAGAUACUGAGGAUGAGGAAAUGUUAGAAAUGUACUCUACCAAUCAUUUUUAUGGAACAGAUUACAAACCAGUUUUACUGGUAGUGGACAGAAAACAUACUGGUCAGGUGUUCAGGGCACCUUUGCCCUUUAAUCUAUGUUAACUCUGGCAAUGCAGAAGCUCAUUAUCUUUAAAGCCUUUGCUCUGGGUUGACCUUGGCUUAUCUGGGUUAUAAUCUGGUUAUGAUCUGGGUUUAUCUGGGUUAUAAUAAUGGACAAUUUACUUUAAACUCCCAUUGUAUAAAUCUAUGUUCUUGGAUAUUAAUCCUCGGGUAUUAAUCAGGUAUUUAUUCUUAGCCCAGUUUCCUAUGAGAAGAGGGAAAUAGACAGGAAGUAUUGUUGUACUCCUUGGGAUCUCUAUUCAUUCCCUCACACAUCUAUGUUAUGGAUGGGAAAGAGACUUGUGCAUUCUGUUUCAAACAAAUUGCCAGUCAUCCAGAUUUUGGGCAAAUGGUGGGUUGGCCGAAUUCCAUAACUCUGAAACGUUAUAUGGACGCAUCGCAAAAUAGCCCGAAUUGGACAAUGAACAAACAUUUUUUAUGUGUUUUGUGAGUUCCUGCCGUGGUACAGAAAGUGAAAUGAUUGAUAGGAAAUAAUUCAUGGUUUGCCCACGUGCCCAUAAACUAGUUAUGGAAUACUUCCAACUACCGUGAAGUUUUAAACACAUCUAGAUCCUGAAAUAAAUGAAAUUACAGUCAAUGAUGAAAGAUAUAAAUAAUAGCCAGGUAGUGUGAAUGUCAUUGUGUAUGUGUAAACAAUUUGAAUCAAAUGUUACAUGUUUUAACUUUCACUAUGUGGCUCAGCCAUUUCUUUUCAUAUCCACAGGAAAGCGAGUCUGCCUUGGUGAAGGUCUGGUUCGAAUGGAACUCUUCCUUUUCCUCAUUACUAUCCUACAAAACUUCAAAUUGAAAUCUCCUGUCCCCCCUGAGGAAUUGGACAUCACACCACUUGUUUCUGGAUUAGGAAACCUUCCAAAGCCGUAUAAAAUUUCAUUUGUCCCCCGUUAACUUGGCCAGACCACUCAUAGUAUUCAGAAAGUUUGUUAAAUAGUUUGUUGAAUAGUGUAAAUAUUGUAUAAAUUCCACAGACUUUCAGACUUUACAGAAAACUCCACUCUUUAAUAGUCAUUUCUGUAAGAUGGUGACAUUGUGUCUACCAGUUGAGAUAUUACUAAAAUAUUCUGGCUACCUUACAAUCCAGUAUUGAUAUCUGUUCAAAACCAUGAUUUUCUCGAAAUGUACAUUAAUACAUACAUUCAUCUAACAAUGUGAAGCUGAAUAACCCAAGACAGAAAGGUUUAACAACAAAUUAAAAACAAUUGAAGCCAACGAGGGGUUUUGGAUCCCAGCAAAGGUUUCAUAUUACGAUGUAUGCUGUGUGCACCACACAAUAUAUGUAGCUCUGGUCCAGUGGGAACAGAAUACCCUAUAUAUACAAUAUAUAUAAUGGUUAAAUAGUAAAAAAAAAAUGAACAGGCUGCUAUGGUAUAGGGUGCACUUUUUGUUAGGGCAUAAUGGCCAUACAUUUACAGCAAGGUCCCUCUAAAUAGGCUUGUGCACAUGUAUUUAUGUUAGCAAUUUUCCUGUUGCAAAAUUUAAUUUGCUAUUAUAGAUUAACAUGGGAUUGUUAAAUGAUAUGGCUUGGGCUUCACAGCAAGUUAGGGAGGUGACAGGUGUUUGUUUUGCGCAUACGUUUAUAAAUAUGAUAAGGUAUUGGUUAUUCGUUAGAAAAAAAGUGCUUUUUCAAAUCUUUUUAAAUUGUUGACUUGGCUUCCGAUGGUCUUGUGUUCAAUGUAAGGUAUAGGGUCCAUUUUCAUGAAUCAUGGCAAGAGUAGUAUCAUAAUGUAUCAGAACGGUUCGCCACGGUUCGCCACGAACGGUUCGCCACGGUUCGCCUCGAACGGUUCGCCGCGGACUCCAGUCAGCAGACACAUUCCAGCCAAUCAGCAGCAGACCCUCCCUUCCAGACCCUCCCACCUCCUGGGCAGCUCACUAAGAAUGCAGCUUCAAAAUGGAUGCUGUCCAGGAGGUGGGAGGGUCAUCACUACUUGUCAAUAAAUGUCACAUAUAACAAUGUUAAAGGUUCAUCGGCAGCGUUUAGGUUUUAAUAAAUGUCACAUAUGAGAUUGUAAUUUUCCCAUCUGUUUAAUGAACUGAAACUGAUAAUUUUUAGAAGUGAUUUGAAAACUCACUCCAUACUAAAGAUUUGAGAAAUUAAAAUAUCUAAAAAUAUUAAUCAAAUUUCUAAAAUAAACUAUCAUUUUCUAUUACAUUGUGUACGUACGUUGUGUUAAAUUAAAUAGUGAUGGUGCAAUACAAAUAUACUUACGCAAGCAUUUUCACAUCUUCACAACAUUUUAAUAAAAAUAAUUUAAAGCAAAUUUUAGCAAAAAUUCGCUUCUCGUUUUAAGUAUAUUUAGUACAUUUAAUAAAACUUAGUGAUGUAUAUAAUUUUUUAAAUAAUAAAUAUUGAUUUUUUGGGGGGGGGGGGAGAAAAUGUCACCUUUUAUCUGACUGAGCUGCAACGUUGGGUAAGAUUCUACCGUUAUCCGACUAACUGCUGCUUAACCUAACUUGCUGCUGUGAGAGGUCCACACAGAGCAAUCGCAGCAAGUAGGGUAGGCUGAGCAACAGUGGGUCAGAUAACAGAGUCUGAUCCAACAUGUCCGCACAGCCAGAUAAAAAGGGAACUUUUCUUAAUAAAAAUAAAAAUAAUCAAAAAAAUUCAAAAAAGUUUCCUUAAAAUGUAUUAGAUGUUUAAAAAACGAGAAGUGAAAAUUUGAUGACGAUUGUCAAUUAAACUAAUUUUAAUCAAUGAUCCAAAAAUGUUUAAUAUACAGGGUAAGCAUAAAAAUAUCUAAAGUUGAGUAUUUUUUAUAAGAAUGAUAUAGGUAUCCAAAGUAAAAUACCUCACUCACAUGUUUUAGAGUCUAAAGACUCAUUUGGAAGAGUGCUAAUUUCAUUGUAAUUAAAAACAAAAAAAAUAUGUAUAUAUAUAUAUUUUUAGUUUUAAUUCAAAUCAUGAAUAUAUUUCAUAUGCUAAACAGUGAACAAACCGUUUAGCAAUGAUCUGCGAUCCAGUGACCAAAGACUUAAAGGGUCACUGCAGACCCCUAAACAACUUUAUCUCGCUGAAAAGCUUUGUGUGUGAAGAGUGUGUCCUUUUUUUCAUUUUGCAAAAAAGUGUAGGUGUCAAUAGAAAUUGACACUGUUAUAAAAAAAAAAAGCCUGUAUAUACCACUUUGGCUUUUAAGCAGACAACAGGUAAGGCUGUUACUUCCUGGUUUCGUUAGCUCAAUGCAGCUGACCUCAAGAGGCAGCAAUUGCCCAGAGCACCUGACUUACAAAGACUUGUCAUUGAGCUGUAUUGGGAAGUCUGUGAUUGGACAGCAACAGAAAGUGUGGGCGGGGUUAGAAGAGGAGGGUUUGUGAAGGCAGCAGACAAGAAAUCUGCACAUUUUUCAAGCUGAUUUUAGAUAUAUCCCCACUGAAUAAUAAUUAAUUAUAUGCAGGUAAGUUUUCAUUUGGAGUAUAUCUACUAAACAGUAAUUUUGUAUUUAUUUUUUAUUUGGGUAUUGAGGUGUCCCUUUAAGCCACCAUAACAGCUUCAAUCAGUCAAAGUGCUUAUGGUGCCUACAAUGUCCCUUUAAAAGUGCCGUAAUGUGAAAGUAACUAUCAAACAUAACAAUCAAAAUGUUAGACAUUUUGAACCUUAUACAGCCUUUUUGUAUGCAUGGUAGCCAUAUUUAAAAUGAUACCACUCUAAGAACAUUAACAAACAGGAAUUUGUUUUAAUUAUUAAAUAUGUUAAGUCAUGCUGAGUCACAUCUAGCUGAGGGACAUACCCUCAUAUAACCUUCGAUAAACUUGGUGUUCUCAUUUUAUCUAUGUACCAUCGUUCACAACACUCGACAACAGUGACUCAUAAUAGUUUUAAGGCUAAAGUUUAGUUGUAAGCAAACUUUAAGAAUAAACUGUAAGAUAAGUGAUAUUUCAUAGAUACCAUAAACAUAGAUAUAUCUAAUGAUAGAGCAGAAUGUUUGCAGUGCAGUAUGAUGCGUUUCCAAUGAUAAAAUAAUAAACAUAUAAGAAUAUUAAGCAUUUAUUUGGUGAUCAGCAAAUAAGGGGGUAAGCAUUAUACAACAUCCAUAAUUUGGCAAAGACAACAUAUGGUAUACGUCAGAACUCUGAUGAAAGAUAACUUGACAGGCGCACAGUCAGCUUUACCGGCAUAUGCGCUAACCUUACCCCAAACCCCAUUAAGACACGGACACAGGUUAUACUCUUGGAAAUAUUAGUCCACAGCUUAAUUAAUUAUUAAUUAAUUAAGGAAUAACAAAUAGGGUCAUUGCCAACAAAUAUUAUUAAAGCCAACAUCCCCCCCAUAUUUAUAACAUACCCCUGGCAAUGACAGCACAAUAAUAAUAAUACUAAAUACCAAUAUAAUAAACAUAUUAACACAUAAAUUGGCCCUACAAUAUGACCAUAAUUCCACCAAAUUAAAUUGUAGGGGUGUACCAAGACACCGCCACACCCACAAGUUCAAUUAUAAGGGUGUACCAAGACACCGCUACACUCCCAGGUUUGGAGCCAGUGACGGGCUCGAACCUACCAAGUGUAACACUGCCUAAUCCACACUAAAACUCCGGGUGCCCACUUCCUCUCCAUCUGGAAAAACUGUAAAAAUGUAUAACCUAACCAAAGUCAGGGAGGAUGGGAGGGACAACUGACAGGUAAGUUUAGGUUCAGUUAAGAUGGCCACUUCAUAUAAUGGCCGGUAUAAAUACUCCGCCCUACCCAGCUUGCUAGCUGUCACUCAACUUCCUUUGGCUGUUAUGCCUACCUCCUGGCUCUGUCAAGGUCCACUCACCUAGCUGCGCUGAUCCAUGGGCUACAUUCUAACCAAUGAAUUGUUAGUAUUAUUUUAAUUCUGAGCUACUCAUAGAGAUCUAUUGAAAUUAUACCUUCAUAAACACUGAACUUUUAUUAAUACAUUGACAAACUGUCAGAUUGCACCAGAAACUGUGUCCGUUGGAUUAUUCUUCACAACCAAUCGUAUUGUCUGUCCAUAAACUGUUCAAAUCUCCAGGUAAAGAGAUGAUUGGCCAAGCGUGUGAGGAUCCAGGUCAGUAAAAGACUCCAUUACACAAAAAAAUAAAUAACAGAUACAAAUAUUAGUGAGAAUAAAAAUUAUAAACAUAAUAUUACUGGUAUUUCUAUAAAUGGGAUAAACAUUAUAUGAUGUGUGUAUAAGGAAAGGACAUAGGAGAAUAUUGUAAAGAUUAGAUUCUAUAGUAAAAUGCUAAGCAAUAAGGAUAAAAGGCAAGUAUGUACAUAGCGAAUAUACUAAAUACAGUAUACAGAAAUACUAAAACAUAAUUUAAACAGUGAAAGAUAGUAAAGCCGAAUGAUCUGGCAAAUUAGGAAUGUCCCAUCCCCAAAAGUAUUUUGCUAGAUCAACCCUUUUGUUAUUUUUUUUUUAAUUUUAUCUGUUUACUGAUUGGGUUUUCAUUAUUUAGGUUUUUUUUUUGGCAGCACUGGGUACAAUGAGAUGUUAUAUAUCACUGCUUGGCAACAACAAGCAACAGCUGGCCUGCAUCCUGGGACGAAACUUGCUAUGUAUCGGUACGAUUCUAGUCAACAUCUGCCCCCCCUCUGGGCUCCGGUCCUUGCACUAACCAAAGUUGAGAAGAAUGUGACCGUGCCCAGUCCUAAAUGGUAAUCCAGUUCUGCAGAUGAUGCUGUUCACACAAGUCUUCUCCCAACUGUAUAUAUUUUAUUCCAUGAUUCUGGUUGAGACUUGUUCAGACAUAGGAGGGAUCUCUGUGGGAUUAUAAAGGUAAUUAAUUAUUUUCAAAAUUAAAUAUAACACUGCAUAUUAACAGAGAUAAAAUCAGCAACCUGUGCACGUGGGUAACUAAUGACUCCAUACAGAUAUGUACAGAUGGCGGAUUUAUUUCAUGUGAGUUUAAAAGGAUAAUUUAUCACAAAACAUAAAAGAACCUGGCAGUAACUCUGUAUCCCGCAGUCAGUCCAGUGCCUGGCAUAUCAGCCUCUUGGAUUUGAAGACAGUCCAUGCUGUUUGAUUUUGUCCACACGUCCUUUGAGUUCCUGUGGAUCUAAAGAAUACAAUAAUAGUCCAAGCUAGAAGACGGUAACAUACGAAUUCAGAGCUAUCCUGCAAGUAUCUGUUUGCUAUUUUCUAUUUUGUAUUUGAUGAUGUAAUUGUUUUUUCCUGAAUAUUACAGACAAUGAAAAAAGAAUACAGAGUGGUUUUCUGUUGGUGUGAUUUAUACACUAUAUAUUUAUUAGUGAGAUCAGUAACACUGGGGCAUACUGUGAUAUAACGGUACGUGAGAUUUAACUAUCAUGGAAAAGAACAUUUUAUCUGUAUAUAGUGUAGAGAGAGAGAGUACGCUAAAAGACUAUUUCCAUUAGAGCUUUCUAUCUCAGCAUUUCUUAACUCCCAGCAACGUUUACAUAUGGGCUAAGUUUGCAUUAUCAAACAAAAUGCUGUCUCUGUAGCCUCACCUACCUUUUGACUCAGUUCUCUUUUUCACCCUACAGAAAAUGCAAGCAUUAAAAAUCCCUAUUAAUGAUAAGAUCUCUUCUUUUCUUCUGUAUCUCUGCAGAGGGACUGUAAAUGGCAGCUAUAUGACGUUAUGCAGAGGAAAUGGACAACUGGACAAAGUGAACAAAACACGCAUAGACUGGCUGACUGUAAAACAGUUAACGUAAAGCUGACUUUGCGCACUGUGUAAAUGCUGCUUCUAUUUCUCUAACAGACCAGCAUCCUCCUGUCAUCAUGUUAUGACAUGUCCCCUCUCCGCCACAUUCACUACAUUCACCUCUUACUCUGUCGGACAGUGUGACAUACCCUCUCUCAGCCACACUCACUACAUGUACCCCUUUCUCUGCCUGACAGUGUGACAUACCCCCUCUCGGCCACACUCACUACAUGUACCCCUUUCUCUGCCUGACAGUGUGACAUACCCCCUCUCGGCCACACUCACUACAUUCACCCCUUUCUCUGUCUGACAGUGUGACAUACCCCCUCUCGGCCACACUCACUACAUCCACCCCUUUCUCUCUCUGACAGUGUGACAUACCCCCUCUCGGCCACACUCACUACAUCCACCCCUUUCUCUCUCUGACAGUGUGACAUACCCCCUCUCGGCCACACUCACUACAUUCACCCCUUUCUCUGUCUGACAGUGUGACAUACCCCCUCUCGGCCACACUACUACAUAGUUAUAUAGUUUCAUAGGCUGAAAAGAGACACGUGUCCAUAAAGUUCAGCUUUCCGCACGUUUGUUUUUUGCUGUUGGUCCAAAAGAAGGCAAAACUUAAAUAAUUCCUCCAAUAAUAUGGGGAGAAUUGGUCAUAAAGAAAGGGACAUAAUAGUCACCAAAACAACCUUAUAUUAAUUUUUGGUGUAUAGAUCAUGCAUCUGCAGUCUCACUUCUCUAUUCUCUUCCACUUAGGAGUUAAAACAAUAUGUUUCUGUUUAUGCAGCCCUAGUCACACUUCCCCUAGCUGUGACUCACACAGCCUGCAUGAAAAAAGUCUCAUAUUCAGUUAGAUGUUAAAACAUAUUUCAGAUGUUUUUCUCACCUGCUCUGUAAAAUGUAACUUUAAUUACACACAGGAGACAUCUGCAAGGUCUAUCAAGCUAUUAACCGUGCAGUAGACAAGGAAUUCUAAAUUAAACAGACUUUGCAAUAAAGGAAGUGUAGCAAACCGUACAUUAUUCCUCUCUAAUUUGUUAAUGAAAUAACUAUUUAACUACCCUUGGCUCUGUACUUUCCCCCCUCAAUGUUAAACACCCAAAAUCGCCUCUGCCCUGGCAGGCAUUCAGUUCCCGAAAGUAGCAAGGUCCCAGUGGGACCUAGUACCAAAACAUGUGGAACUCUAGCUUCCCCAUUCCCGGUAAACUUAACCCUCUGUUUUACCCCACUUCCCGACCUGCCAGGAGAGCUCUAUUUGGAGGCUGUACUAUGGAUUGAAAGGACUAAUUGCUCCCUUCUUGGCUUGGUUUUUGCUAGCGGCUGGUCGAUUCUUGACUCCGGUGGUGAUUUGUUUAUUCUCCAAGGAUCCGGACGCUAUUUUUCCAACUUGGAAGCUCAAACCAGAGCUAACAGGGAAUGUAUAAUGUGUUGGAGUUCCUGCUUGUUUUAAUAUGUUUUUUGGAUAUUUUAAUGCUGUGUCCUCUAUAUCCGAGAGAUAAUUAGCUUAAGCGAGGGCUAACUCAAUUAUCUCCCAGAUUCAGAGGCACCAGGGCAGGCUUACUCUGGGGUGACUAGGGACCCCAUCCUGGGUCCGUGUAUAAAGACUGUGCUUUCCCAAUACAGAUCAGUAUUACUCCCAGAACUAUGUGUCAUCAAGUUACUGUGGGAAAAUUACUGACCAGCGCUUCUUUCAGCGGAGAUACCCAGUUGGAGUAUUGGAGUUCCACUACAGGAGGUUUAAAAAUUAGAUCUCUCUUUACAGGAAGUGUUUAGUAAGCCUGUGCAAGUCACAUGCAGAGAGGUGUGGCAGGGGUCUGCAUAAACAAAGUGAUUUAACUCCUAAAUGGCAGUGAUUUAUACACCAAAAUUGUUUCAUAAACCUAAAGUUGUUUUGGUGUCUCUUAAAGCUUGAAAUCUAAACUUAAAAAAAAAACAUUCAGAAGCUUCCUGGAGGACUUCAGGGGUUAACUGGAAACAGACUCUUAUGAAACUCCUUAGUAACACCCGCCUGACUGUCAGUCAGAUAUUCAAAGAGGUAGUGAGCGCUUCUCAUAGAAAAUAUUUGGUUUCAGUGCUCGGUUAGAAGCAUUCUAUGGACAGAGGAUGCUGUCUGCCAUACAGGUGCUGUAGGAUCCAAAUCCCAGGCAAAUAACAGGAAACAAUUAAUUUAGUGAAUAAUCUCCCAUCCAUCAUCCAUCCAUCCCUGCCUCCCUCCCUCUAUCCAUCCAUCCAUCAAUCAUUCCAUCCCUCCUUCCCUCCCUCCAAACAUCCAUCAAUCAUUCCAUCCAUCCCUGCCUCCCUCCAACCAUCCCUCCCUCCAAUCAUCCAUCCAUCCAUCCAUCCAUCAUUCCAUCCUUCCAUCCAUCCCUCCCUCCAUUAAUCAUUCCAUCCAUCCAUCUAUCCAUCCCUGCUUCCCUCCAACCAUCCCUCCCUCCCUCCAACCAUCCAUGCAUCCAUCAAUCAUUCCAUCCAUCCCUCCCUCCUCCCUCCCUCCCCCCAUCCCAUCCACUCCCCAUCCAUCCAUCCAUCAUUCCAUCCAUCCCUCCCUCCCUCCCUCCAACCAUCCAUCAAUCCAACCAUCCAUCAAUCCAUCCAUCAAUCAUUCCAUCCAUUCAUCCAUCCAUCAUUCCAUCCAUCCAUCCAUCCAUCUAUCCCGUCAAUACCAUAAGCACUUCACUUGAUUUCAUUAUUUCAGCUUUUUGUAGUGGUUAUGGUAUAUAAGUAUUUGCUAUUUUUGUUGUAACGCUUUUGGAGAGAACUGACAGAAACUGUGCCCCUUUCCAGCACCAUAGACCUCCCUAAUUUGUCCAACCUUGGACAUUAAUCAUAGGCUGAGAGUCCAAGGUUUGGACUAGAUGGCGACUGGUUAGCCCAGUGCCCUAAGCCUGCUAUUGCUUAUUUCUGGGUUUUUGGAAAUUAUGAGUCUAUAACUUUAAUAGCAGUCACAGAUUGCAAAAGCAAAGUAUUAUUUGUAGAAAGAGACAAAUACCCCCAUGGUAUUGCAGUAUGUCUCUCUACCGUAAAGGCAGUAUUUUAUUACUACCCACAAGUGUAGCAAUAGCCCUCGUGUAGACUUUAAACAAAUAUUUAAGGAGUUAUAUGGUCAUAUUACAAACUUGUCCAUUUUACUUUUCAGAUUUUCACCAAUUGAUUUACUGGACUCAUGUCACUAGUGCGACCUUUUUAAUUUGGUCAGUUUCAUCACCAAUGUCUGUUGAAUUGGAAAAUAUUUUUUAUUAUACUGCUAGAUUUACAUACUACCUUAUCUGUCAGCUAGUGCAUUGAAAUUCUUGCGAUUUACAUUCUGGGCAAUGAUCCAGCCUGGGUGUCAAUCCCUAACAUUAAGGGAGACAGCCAUACUUAGCACUGGGUACAGAGAUUGCCUGCAGCUGUGAAUCAUUGGAGAACGAGCAUCGGAGCACUGAGACAGUUUGUGAUAGCAUUCCAAUGCCAGAGAAGGCUCUGUAAAUCAAAGAUUAAAUGUAUACAACAAUCAACUUUUUCAGAGAACCUGUUCUUCCAUGAGAAUGGCCAAAGUCGAAUAAUGCACAUUAUCUUUCGCACAAUACCAGCUGUCGCACCAUUAGUGAUGACUGAAACGUUAACAGCUCUAAUUCAUGAUUCCUCAUUCCACACACACUGCACCCCCCCCCCCCACACAUGGUACCACUCAUCUUGAUGAUGCGCUGCAAUUUUGGGCACUGGUUUUAUCAAGGAUAUUGAGGAACUAGAAAAAGUGCAAAGAUGGGCUACACAAUGAAUAAGGGGGAUGGAAACGUUUAGUUAUAGAGAAUGGUUAUAAAAACUGAAAUUAAAAGCUGUAAAAGAGGUGAAAUAAUAGCCCUAUUCAAAUGUAUGUAGGGCCAUUACAGACAGCUCUCCAGCAAUCUGAUCAUUAACAGGACUGUAUAUAGGACAAGCAGACGCGUAACUAGAAAUCACUGGGCACCAGUGCGUAAAUUGCCCCCAAGAGUCUAAUCCCCCCCAGCUCCUCCAUACAUCUCAUUCCCUCCGUCCCAGUAAGUAGUGUCUGUUUCUGUGUGUGUAUAAAGGACGCGUUGUGUAUUUCUGUGUGUGUAAGGGAUGCAUAUUGUGUGUGUGUGUGUGUGUGCAUGUGUAGGGAUGCAUGUGUGUUUGUGUCUGUGUGUGUAAGGGAUGCAUAUUGUGUGUGUGUGUGUGUGUGUGCGUGUGUAGGAAUGCAUGUGUGUUUGUGUGUGCGUGUGUAGGGAUGCAAUGUGUGUGUAGGGAUGCAGUGUGUAUGUGUGUGUGUAGGGAUGCAGUAUGCAGUGCGUGUGUGUAGGGCUGCAGUGUGUGUGUAGGGAUGCAGUGUGUGUGUAUGUGUGUGUAGGGCUGCAGUGUGUGUGUGUGUGUGUGUGUAGGGAUGGAGUGUGUGUGUGUAGGGGUGCCGUGUGUGUGUGUGUGUAAGUGUGUAGGGAUGCAGUAUGCAGUGUGUGUGUGUGUGUGUAGGGAUGCAGUGUGUGUGUGUAGGGAUACAGUAUGCAGUGUGUGUGUGUAUGUGUGUGUAGGGAUGCAGUAUGCAGUGUGUAUGGAUGCAGUGUGUGUGUGUGUGUGUGUGUGUGUAGGGAAGUAGUAUGGAGUGUGUGUGUAUGUGUGUGUGUGUAUGUGUGUAGGGAUGCAGUGUGUGUGUAUGGAUGCAGUGUGUGUGUGUGUGUGUGUAGGGAUGCAGUGUGUGUAUGAGAGCAUGUUUGCUAUGUAGGAUAGGGGCUGUGGGGUGUGACUGUGGUUACCACGGCAAUGCACGGAAAGCCAUGACUCCUCCCUUUCCUGCUGUGCAAACUCUGCAAAGACCCAUGGAGGAAGAUCAAAAGAUCUCCCUGACGGGGUCUGUGUUAUUGUAAGGGGCCUGGAUUUGCGGGAUCCUCAGGUGGCCUGGGUCCCUUACAAGUGAAGUGGCUUGGCCGACUGGCCCACAGUCGCAGGGAUCACAGCUGCUGCCGGGCCUCCUGGAGUGACGGGCCCGGUCACAGCUGCAACCCCUGCGACCAUGGUAGGUAGGCCACUGAGGACAAUCGGUCAUCCAUUAAGACAUCAGGGAGGGCAGAGGGGAGGAAGACUUGGAGAGACAGAGGGUAAGGACUGUGGGAAAUCAAAGAUGGUGCGCAGUCCUCCCUUCCUUUAUAGUCAUUGGAGGCUUCCCCUGCAGGGGGGUGGGGGCCGGUCAUGUGAUCAGCUCUCCCUAUAAAUACCCAAGCACUGCACUUGGUCAGGGUAUGGUUGUUCUGGUGCUUGCUCCAGUCUCCUUUGGUUAAGGAGAAAUAACAGCUUCUAGAUUGUGCUUUUUUUGGGGGGGAGGGGGAUUUUACCAUCUAUGCUUUAGAGCAGCUGUUACCAAACUGUGUGCCGUGCAUACAGGGGAGCCCCGAGAUAUUUCCACCGACAUAUGAUCAUAGCACUGGGAACUGUGCUCUCCCCUGCCGGCUCUGCAGGACCGUACGGGACAUCAGAGAUCUCCCUCUCCGGCCCGCUCACAGUGUAAUGCUGGUAGCCGGCAGGGGGAGAGAGAAGACCCAGGGGAGCUCUUACAUGCAGCUUAGCCAGGUUCUACUCUCACGAGUUCAGGGCAUUGCUGCGGCCGGUUACCACAGCAACGCUCUGAAUCUUGCUAGAGUUCACCCUCACCACUUGAACCACCAGGGCUUCUCCACUGGACCACCAGGGAUUAGUACGGUCCCCACUCAAAGGUAAGCCGUAUAUAUUUAUGAAUUUGCCCUCCUACCCCUACAGACCCCACACCACACAAAUACACCCCCCCACACACUGCUCCCCCAUACAAACACACUGCCCCCAUACGCACAUACUACCCCACUAUUCACAUACACUGCCCCCAUACACACACACUGCCCCCACAUACACAAACACUGCCCCCAUUCACACACACUGCCCCCCACUCACAUACACUAUCUCUUCAUUCACACACUACCCCAAACAUACACUGCCCCCAUACACACACACUACCCCCAUACACACACACAUUAUCCCUCCAUACACACACUGCACCCCCCAAACACAUUGCCACCCCCACACACACUGUACCCCUCACAUACACACUGUACCCCUCAUGCACAAUCUGCUCCACAUACACACACACUGCAUCCCUCAAACACAGACACACACACACACACUACAUCCUUCCCACAAACACAAUGCACCCCAUUACACACACUGCACCCCUCACACACACACUGCACCCCCCACACACUGCCACACACACAUUGCCACCGCCACACACACUGUACCCCUCACACACACACACUGUACUCCUCGUACACACACAUUGCACCCCUCACACACAUACACACACACUACAUCCUUCACAAACACAAUGCACCCCUCACAAGCACACACUGCACACCUCACACACACGCACACUGCACCCCUCAUACACACGCACACUCCACCACUCACACACACAUAUAUUGCACCCCUCACACACACACACACACACACACACACACUACAGCCCCUAUCCCGGCAGACCCCAGGUUCGUUGUCAAACUGUUCUUAAACCUUUAACUACUUACCCUGGGAGGGCACUACUGGUACCAUAACCACUACAAUGUAAUGUAUGGUUACUGUGCCUGGAUUGUUUCUUUAAAUAAUUUGCCCCUCCCAAGAUUAGGCUCUGGAUCUAAACGGCAAGCAUUUCUGCCAAACUGGGGCAUAUGUCGCAGCGGGGUACAUAUAUACAACCUAGAAAAUUGUUUUGAUUUGGGGCAGCUUGGAAAAAUAUUGAAAUAUUAAGGGCACCUUGAACCUAAAAUGUUUGGGAACCACUGCUUUAGAGAAUACAUCUAGAUGAGAUAUUUCCAGUUUUUUAUUUAUGUAGACCAUGUUUGAUAUCAACACAGAGAUUUUGAAUAAUAUUUUAGUCAGUGGAUUGCCGACAUAGAUUAUUAGAAACCAUUUUGUUAAACUUGCUUCCGUUUUAUAUAAUAGUAUUUGGAGUUUAUUAUUCCAUUGUAUAUAAUACUUGUAGUUUAAUAUUCUAUUUUUUAUAAUAAUUGUAGUUUAAUAUUACAUUUUAUAUAAUAGUUUUGUAGUUUAAUAUUCCAUGCUAUAUAAUAGUAUUUGAUUUAUCUUAUAAUAGUUCAGUUUUGUCAAGUUACAUUUCUGAGCUGAAAAAUAGGCAAAAACAAGUGUAACUUAUGACCCUGGGCGUCAUUCCCAGAUUCUUGACUUCCAGACUGCAAUUGUAACAUUCUUGUGAAGCUCAUGUAAUGAUGUUCACAGGUUAAAAUAAGGCAGAUGAAACUAUGUUAUGUUAGGAAUAACGUCUAUCUGAAUCCCAUUAACCAUUUACACUCCUCAUUCACUGAUCUGAAAAAUAAACUAAAAACUAAAGAAUAAUGAUCUUCUUUGAAUGCAGUGUGUAAGGGUGACAAUGAGGGGAUAUGUCUUUAGGUAGCCAUUGUUAAAGGACCACUAUAGUGCCAGGAAAACAUACUCGUUUUCCUGGCACUAUAGUGCCCUGAGGGUGCCCCCACCCUCAGGGACCCCCUCCCUGUCGGCUCUGGAAGGGGGAAAGGGGUAAAAACUUACCUUUUUCCAGCGCUGGACGGGGAGCUCUCCUCCUCCGAUCCUCCUUCUCUCAUCCCCGUCGGCUGAAUGCGCACGCGCGGCAAGAGCUGCGCGCACAUUCAGCCGGUCGCAUAGGAAAGCAUUCACAAUGCUUUCCUAUGGACGCUGGCUUGCUCUCACUGUGAAAAUCACAGUGAGAAGCACGCAAGCGCCUCUAGUGGCUGUCAAUGAGACAGCCACUAGAGGAAAUAGGGGAAGGCUUAACCCAUUCAUAAACAUAGCAGUUUCUCUGAAACUGCUAUGUUUAUGAAAAAAUGGGUUAACCCUAGCUGGACCUGGCACCCAGACCACUUCAUUAAGCUGAAGUGGUCUGGGUGCCUAGAGUGGUCCUUUAAAGAUGAAUGUGUGCAAAUAUUCCUGAAAUGAAGGGUGACGUUUAUAUGAGUUAAAUAGAAAUAGUUUAGUUGAAAGAUUCCAGGAUUGAGUUUAAAGUUUAUGGUGUCAUGGAAUUUUGAAUUCCGUAUAAUACACAUUUGUCAGGGUUUGGAUAUAUUUUUUAUACAUUUUGGUUAUUUGUACAGAGCAAAGAAUGUUAGUAGAUGGAAAACGUUAAGUAGGAGAAAGUGCUUGCGGUAUGUGUUAUAAAGGGUUUCUGCGUUUUAAGGUUGCUAGAAGAGAAACUAGACUGUUUGUGAAGGGGCUAAAGGAUGUGUAAAUAAAUAAGACAGACAGACCAAUAGACAUACAUGGAGUAGUAGCAAAUAAGACGUGCAUUAGUUUACAAACUUACAAACCUACAUCUACUGUAAAUUGGAAUUAGACAAUCUGCCCAGUUUCUACAAAUUGAUAAAAUGAAUAGCGAGUGUUUGGGGUCCUACAAAGCUGUGUUAGUGGCACGGCCUGAGUUUUGUAUAGCAGCAUAUUGUGAAUACAUUGUAAGUAAACUAUUUGUAUCUAUAUUUAUAAAUAUAAAAAAACAAACAAAAACAAACCGGAGGGGGCCGCAAAUUAGAGGAGCAACCUCUCCUAAUGACAGAAACUAUAUGUCCUCUGACAUGAAGAUACAUUUGAUGUUUGGGAUGGUCAAUAAGUGAAAGCUGACACCCUCGCUGUGAUCUCAAGGAUUAUAGGACUUCGCUCCACCUACAGCUGAAGUGCAUUAUGGGUGAUAAGUAUCCUAUUUAAAACGCUGUUUAAUUAUGGAACACACCCUGAAGUCAAUCAAUCAGGCAGGGAGGUUUAUUUCCUGUUUCCAUUAGCUCCUCUGAGCUAGCAGGAGUGGCAGGCACACUCAAGUAUACCUCCCUCUCAGACCAGCAUUUUCUCUGAACUCUGAGCAGUGUGUUUGUGUACGGGGGCGAUAUCUUCCGAGCAGCGGCCAAACUACUGCUGUAUAUAUUUUGCCAUGUUCAGUUAUUUUCUACAAUAAAUCUGCAGACAUUAAGGAGACUCUUCUUUAGUAAUUGUUUUGUUAUAUGGGUAAUGUUCUAAAGAAAGCGGUUGACGGAUCUUAUCCUCUGUAUUUUUACAGAACCUUCUCUAAGCAGCAUGAAUCCUGUCCUGGUUGCUGUGGCACUUGUCUCCGUUUUGGUGUUUUUGUGGUUUGUAAAACAUACGCAUGUUAGAGGAAACCUUCCCCCGGGGCCACCACCGCUUCCACUUGUGGGUAACUACAUAGAGAUUAUCAAGAUUCAGCUUGUUCCAUUUGUAAAACAGGUGAGUGUCUAAAAAACAAAAAUAAAUAAUACCGGCCGCUGUCCCCAGUCAUUUAUGUGCUGUCUGAGUCUGGAUGAAGAACAAUUUGCCGCUAUGGUGCAGAUUGUACCUAUGAUAUACGCUAACGCUAUGGUGUUCAUGUACCUACCCUUCCCCCAUGUUUGUUCCAGUCCCAAUGCUCUCUCGGCACUGCUUGCCUUUGAAUCAAUGCUUUCCUUUGGGGGCUUCUGCAUCACGUGAUGGAGUUUAUCAUACUGACAGCCAUGAGAGACAGACUUAACCCUGUAACAUUGCAAUUUAAUAAAAAAAUAAUUAUUUUUUUUUAAAACAGGGACACUGCACCCAGAUUAAAUCAUUGAGAUGACUUGAAAGUUUAUUUUAUUAUAUAUUUGUAUUUUAUUAGGUUUUAUACACACAGUAUACACUUUUCCAUUAUAUGGGUUAUUGUAUGAGUUAUAACAGGUUCACAUUAGUGAUGCACCGAACGGUUCGCUGGCGAAUAGUUCCUGGCGAACAUAGCAUGUUCGCAUUCGCCACAGUGGGCGAACAUAUGCGCGGUUCGAUCCGCCCCUAUUCAUCAUCAUUGAGUAAACUUUGACCCUGUACCUCACAGUCAGCAGACACAUUCCAGCCAAUUAGCAGCACACCCUACCUAGCAGACCCUCCCACCUACUGGAAGGCAUCCAUUUUAGAUUCAUUCUCAAGCUGCAUGCUUAGUGAAGGAGGGAAAGUGUAGCUGCUGUUGAUUAGAUAGGGAAAUGAAUAGCUAGGUUAGGGUAUACAGUGUCCACUACAUUCCUGAAGGACUCAUCUGAUCUCUGCUGUAAGGACAGCACCCCAAAAAGCCCUUUUUAGGGCUAGAACAUCACUUUUUUUUUUUCUGUGUAAUGUAAUUGCAGUUGCCUGCCUGCCAGCUUCUGUGUCAGGCUCACAGUGGAUACUGUGCCCAGUGCCACCACUCACUCACUGGUGUCACAAUAGCAUGCAUUUAAAAACCCAAAAACUUUUUUCACUGUUAUAGAUUGAAUAGCAGUUAGUUGUCUCAAAGCAGGUGUGUCAGCCCUACAGCGUGUACUCUGCCAGUUCACAGUGCCACUCAUAUCUGGUGUCACAGUAGCUUGCACGCACCACUAAUCGAAAAAAAAAUGACAGGCAGGCCACCCCUACACUGCGCAUUGGGUAAACCUGCUGACGGCUGCCAAGCAUGGAAUGCGUGGCUCUGCAGAGGAGUUGGUGACACCGCCACAACUUGCAGGCAGGCCUGCUGCCACCUCCUCUACUCCAUCCUCUUCCAUAACCUCCUCGGCUGAGUCCUCUUCUGCUGCUGCGUCUUGCUCCACAUCAAUGGAUAGGGGACGUAACAGGGAUUAAACUGAUAAGAAUAGUACUACUUAACACACCACUCCUAUCUGGUGGCACAUUAGAUUGCACGCGCAGUGCCCCAAAUUUGAAGUAGGAGGACUGACCAAGCAUCUUUUUCCAUCUCCCGGUUCCUAAAAUCGAUGCCAUAUACACGUCCCCUGAUAGGGGACGUAACAGGGAUUAAACUGAUAGGAAUAAUACUACUUAACACACCUUAUAAUAACGCAGAGAGAGGAGUCUGCAGAAGAGGAGUCAGAAGAGGAAGGUGGCUUUGAGGAGGUGGAAGACCAAACACAGCAGGCGUCCCAGGGGGCUUGUUGUCACCUUUCGGGGACCUUUGGUGUUGUACGUGGCUGGGUAGAGGAAGAGACCUUCAAUGACAUCAGUGAGGACAAGGAACGGGACAUGGCUAGCUUGGUAUCCAACCUUGUGCAAAUGGGGAGUUUGCGGUUGUGCAAAUGGACUGUUUGCGGUUGUUUGUGGUGCGUUAAACGGGGAGUUUGGUCUGUCACUGUGAAGCUGGCAUAACCCUUACACUACCUGAUCGAUACAACAUCAUACAGUAGGUCCCUCCCUCAUUAUUUUUAUGGCCCCCACCCACCGCUCACGGGUGGGGGCAGGCGGGAGGACAGUAGGUUCCCCCCCCCAUUGAGAUUUAUGGCCCCCACCCACUGUGCAGGGGUGGGGGCCGGGGGGGAGGACAGUAGGUCCCCCCUUAUCCUUAUUUACUGAAUAUUCCCCUGUAUAACAAUGUCUGGCAUUUAGUGAAUAUUCCCUAAUCUGCUCUGUCAAUGUGUAUCAUGAUCUCUGAGGACAGGUGUCAAUCCAUAUCUGCCAAGUGACCCUAUGUAGGGGGAACAGUCUCUAUUCUGCUCUGUGUCAGUGUGUAUCAGGGGCUCUGAGGACAGGUGUCAAUCCAUAUCUGCCAAGUGACCCUAUGUAGGAGGAACAGUCUCUAUUUUGCUCUGUGUCAGUGUGUAUCGGGGCUCUGAGGACAGGUGUCAAUCCAUAUCUGCCAAGUGCUCCUAUGUAGGAGGAACAGUCUCUAUUCUGCUCUGUGUCAGUGUGUAUCAUGAUCUCUGAGGACGGGUGUCAAUCCAUAUCUGCCAAGUGACCCUAUGUAGGAGGAACAGUCUCUAUUCUGCUCUGUGUCAGUGUGUAUCAGGGGCUCUGAGGACAGGUGUCAAUCCAUAUCUGCCAAGUGACUCUAUGUAGGAGGAACAGUCACUAUUCUGCUCUGUGUCAGUGUGUAUCAUGGUCUCUGAGGACAGGUGUCAAUCCAUAUCUGCCAAGUGACCCUAUGUAGGGGGAACAGUCUCUGUUCUGCUAUGUGUCAGUGUGUAUCAUGGUCUCUGAAGACAGGUGUCAAUCCAUAUCUGCCAAGUGACCCUAUGUAGGAGGAACAGCCCCUCUUCUGCUCUGUGUCAGUGUGUAUCAGGGGCUCUGAGGACAGGUGUCAAUCCAUAUCUGCCAAGUGACCCUAUGUAGGAGGAACAGUCUCUCUUCUGCUCUGUGUCAGUGUGUAUCAGGGGCUCUGAGGACAGGUGUCAAUCCAUAUCUGCCAAGUGACCCUAUGUAGGAGGAACAGUCUCUACUCUGCUCUGUGUCAGUGUGUGUCAGGGGCUCUGAGGACAGGUGUCAAUCCAUAUCUGCCAAGUGACCCUUUGUAGGGGGAACAGUCUCUAUUCUGCUCUGUGUCAGUGUGUAUCAGGGGCUCUGAGGACAGGUGUCAAUCCAUAUCUGCCAAGUGACUCUAUGUAGGGGGAACAGUCUCUAUUCUGCUCUGUGUCAUGUGUAUCAUGAUCUCGGAGGACAGGUGUCAAUCCAUAUCUGCCAAGUGACCCUAUGUAGGAGGAACAGUCUCUAUUCUGCUCUGUGUCAGUGUGUAUCAUGAUUUCUGAGGACAGGUGUCAAUCCAUGUCUGCCAAGUGAUCCUAUGUAGGGGAAACAGUCUCUAUUCUGCUCUGUGUCAGUGUGUAUCAUGGUCUCUGAGGACAGGUGUCAAUCCAUAUCUGCCAAGUGACCCUAUGUAGGGUCAACAGUCUCUAUUCUGCUCUGUGUCAGUGUGUAUCAGGGUCUCUGAGGACAGGUGUCAAUCCAUAUGUCAAGGUGUCAAUAUGUCAUAUGUCAGGUGUCAAUCCAUAUCCAUUGUGAUUUAGGAAUGUUAGGUGAUUUAUGCCCUUUAUGGAUUAAGACCAGACUCUGCAUCAACUGUGUAAUUUUCCAUGGGAGUUUUGCCAUGGAUCCCGCUCCGGCAUGCCACAAUCCAGGUGUUAGUCCCCUUGAAACAACUUUUCCAUCACUAUUGUGGCCAGAAAGAGUCCCUGUGUGUUUUAAAAUUCGCCUGCCCAUUGAAGUCUAUGGCGGUUCGUGAACAUUUGCGGAAGUUCGCGUUCGCCGUUCGCGAACCGAAAAUUUCGGGUUCGCCACAUCACUAGUUCACAUAGCAUUUCGUUGGGCUACAAACAUAGCAGCAAUCACAUUGUCAGAGAAUCAUGUACUGAAGCAUGGUGAGGAAUCAAUUUGCACAUUUCUGCCUCUCUACGGAGAUCCCUACUUAAAGAGGUUGCUUGAUUUUAACAAUCUUGCUGGCUUAUCCUAUAUAUGUGAAGUCAGGUAAUUAGGGCAUUAGCAUGGAGUAAUGGGUUAGGAGUAAUAAGAAACUACCACUGACCAUAUAAGCUUAUGUACAUAUGAAAAACAUUAUUAUAAUGGCUAAAUAUUGCGUUUCUCAUUCUGCUUUCUGUGUCCAUUGGCUAAUACGCCCAGUUUUUUGAGGAAUGUCUCUGGGUCGUCUCCUGAGGUCAGGGUGAGUACAUCGGUGCCCUUUUGUACCAUCAGCGAUCCUUCUGUGCCCCAUCGGUACCGUACCGAUUGUUCUCUCAGUCUCUUAGUGACCGGUGUUAGUUGUCUUCUUGCGGCAAGCACUGCAAAAGGGAGGUCACUGUACAUGGCCACCUCACAUCCCUCAAAUUUCACCGACCACAAUGGUCUGGAUCCGGCCAUGAUGGCAGCUCUCGCAGCUAUGUCUCUGGUGGUAGUUAUUGUGUCUCUGGGGGCACUAGCGGGUGCUGCUGGCGAUUUGCGCACCCUGAAGGUGGAUAAUAUCAGUGGGGUGUCUGAGUUACACCUGAGGCCCAUGGAGGAGUUGAGUCUCCGAACAAAGGGCAGUAAGUCUUCACCGCUCACCGUUUCAGGGAUACCUCUGAGGCGUAUGUUGCAGCGGUGGUGUCUGGUCUCAAGUGUUACCACUGUUCAUUGUAGGUGUUGGACCUGCUCAGUAAGUCCGUCCAGUUGCUGCUUGGUGUCUUGGAGUUGGUGAUCUCUGGAUCUUUCUCUGUUCUCCACCUCCUGGACUCUCUGCUGCAAGACCCCUAUUUCAGCAUGGGUCUCCUUUAAGUCGGCCUUCCAGACCUGCCUUAGGUCUGUCAGCAGCUUUCUGAUGUCCCCCUUUGUGGAUGGGGAGUCGUCCUCCUCCGAAUCAGACCUGGGAGUGGGGCCUGGGAGAGAGGCUUGGGAGUCCCUCUCUUCCUGGGAGUCAUCAGAGGUCUCUAACUCACUCUGCGGUUCCGGCGCCAUCUUGGAGGGCCGCGCCUGUGUAGGCCUCUGGAAUGCCAGCCUGAUAUCGGGUGCCGCGGGUCGCUCUGUGUGGAUUUGUUUUUUAUGCUUGCGCCCCAUGUUGUCGGCUGUCGGGUGGCAGGUAAGCUGUGUGGUUUUAGAGCGGAUUUCUCUGCCUUAAGGCUCUUAAUCUGUGGGGCCGAUGCAGAGCUCCACAGAUAUGCGACUGUUCAGCUCCGUGAAAGUUUAUUUUAGAGUAAUCAGAAAUGUACCGUAUAUACAAGCACGGACUUGUUCAGAAACUUGCAACUUCCUAUGACUGAAAUGUUAAACCACGAUGCGGUCAUCAAACCAUUAAAAAGAAAUAAAAUAAUGUGAACAAACUGGAUUAUUUACUAAAGUGAGAAUUCAAACUGAAGUAGUGAAAAUGAAAUCAUAGCUGUCUUAGAGAAUGUUUCCAAACUUUGAACUCUCAUUUUAUUGAAUACCGCUGUUAGAGAGGAUCCCAGUGUGACUGUCUUCCUAUUCCCUGAUGCCAUGUGGUGCAGAUAGUUAUAUGUAGCGGCUUCCUCGUACUCUCUACUAAUCAGGUCGCACCAACCACGUGAUCCUUGCUAAACUCCUAACCCUGGCUAUUAAUCAAUUAAAAUGCACGGUCACACUUUUCUCCCCAUUAGUAUUUAUUUUCUCACACACUAAACGUUAUAAUAACCACCAUCUCAAAACCCAUUGGGUGAAGGAAUAAAUCCAUGUUUACACUCCCAUUCAUAAUUAUUAUUCCAAAAAACCCCUAGGAAAUUACUUAAUUGAGAAAUAUAUAUUUAAAACAAAUGCUGAUUUCGUUAUGAAAUAUUAUGUGCAAUACUCCCUGUAAACAUUUUCUGUGCAAAGCAAUAUCUUUAUUAAAAUGAAUAAACAGUAUUCAGGCUGAUUACAGAUUGAGAAAGAGUUUUAAUUCUGCAGAAUAAAUAUGGUACUUUGUCCCAUUGUCACACUCUAAUGCUGGGUCACUUUCUCUGUCUCAUAAUAAAAAUGAAAUCAUGUAGAAUAGAGUCAGAUAAUCCAUUAAUGACCUUCCAGCAAGAUUAGAAAAUCCAGUGUUAUUGAUUAAUUACCGAUUUUAGAUUGAUAUGUUUAUUUUUAUUUUUUUAGAAUUUCCAUUUAUUUGAAAUGUAUUCACAUUGGCCAGGUUAACAUUCUCUGGAUUGUGACAUUCUCACAUUAUUCACACUGCUGUUCUAAUGCAGAUGAGAUGUAGAUAUGGGGACAUCUUCACAAUUUAUUUGGGACAACGCCCGGUGGUUGUGGUGUGUGGCUGCCAAGCGCUGAAGGAUGCUCUCCUUCGUCAUGGGAAUGCAUUCAAUGGACGUGGCUAUACCCCAUGUAUGACUGAAUUUUAUAACGAUUUUGGUAAGACACAUAAUUGCUUUGGUAAACUGACUUUACAGCUAAUACAAGGAUAAUACCGGAAGGGGACUAUUUCAGCCUUGUCAGGAUUUCCCAUUUUGUUUCAGCUUUGAUCUCAUGUAAAUUUGCAUUAUUUUGUUAUUCUGCUCAGUACCUGGUUUUGGUGGUAUUUAUCUGCAAGAAAUUACUGACUGUCUUCCCUCUAUGACCCAUCAGUCGUGUCAGACAUUUUUUUGGUUAAAAUCAAUCUUAUAUUACAAUUCACAAUUUAGCAGUUGUGACUCCAUCGUGCCUUUGAGAGCGUAUAGUAGCCCAGGAAUGAGAAUUACCCCCCUUGAUGGCGUACCAUUUGCAAUAGUAGACAACCCAAGGUAUUGCAAAUGGUAUGCCAUCAUGGGAGUAAUUCUCAUUCCUGGGCUACCAUAUGGUCUCAAAGGCAAUGUAACCAAUCUGGCGAAUUUCAAUGUGUAUAGCAUUCAAAAUAUAACGUGCUAUAUUUGACCCUGUAUCUUCCCAAAACACCAUAAAACCUGUACAUAGGGGGUACUGUUUUACACGUGAGACAUCGCUGAAUACAAAUAUGUGUAUUUUAUUGCAGUAAAAGCAAACAGUAUUAUGACAGUCACAGUUAAAAUGUCAUGUAGAACUAAAAAAAAUAACAAAAUUUCUUCUUUUCUCCUUUUUAAAAAAUAUUUUAUUCAUAUUAAAUUAUGUUUCAUAGCUAAAUAUGUGAUGUUAAAUGAAAGCCCUAUUUCUCCUAAAUAAAAUGAUAUAUAAUAAGUGCAGGUGCAUAAUAUGAAAGAGGUGAAUUACGGUUGAACAGACAUAUAGUCAAAUUCCAAGUUUUGUUUACGUUUUAUUUUGAUCAAAACAUCUACAUUUGGCUCAGUUAUUAAAGGGUUAAUAUCAUAAUACUACCAUAUUAAUAUUCUAACUGAUAUUGUUAUUGCAAACACUGGUGGUCACGCGUUGUUUCUGUGUUUAUCACUAUACAUUAAUAUAUUUUUAUAAAUCUUUUUAUAUAUGUAGGAUACGAAUAUCCAUUUUGCUUAAUAUCCUAGCUGUUCACAUAAGGGUUAAUUUGAACCAAGAAUACAUUUGGAAUUGUAUCUCCGAUUCUCAGAAAUAAAAUGUAUCUAAAAUCCUAUUUACGGGAUAUGUUCUUGCACAAUGAUUUUGAGAUGUUCUUGUUAAUUGUCCAAGAUUUCGGUAUUUGUAAACAUCUGGUUUUUACGUUAUACGUUAUAUACGUUAUAUAUACGUUAUAUAACAUAGAAUUAUAACUAGAAACAAAGAGGGUGUGGCUCCGACAAAAUAUCCAUCUAACAAAUAGGGUUUCGUGUACAGCUGAUUUUAUCCCCAACAAUAUAUCUAUUGUGUGAAAUCUAAAUUCUCUAAUAAACAUAAUCAAGUGUCUAAAAAAGUAAAAAAAAUUGUGAGUUAGCUCAGUUUAAAUUAAUAAGGGGAUACAGUGCAAUGCUAUCGAUUUUUGAUAUUGAUAACAAUGAUUAAUUUUUAUAAAGUAUUAUUUUUAAUAUUUUGCUACCCCAAAGAUAUUCUCUCAGUCUGUAAAUAAUGUGACGGAGCGCUCUGUGACUGUGGAUGAAUAUUUUUUUUUUUUUUUUUGUGCUGAAUUUGAUAUCUUUGACAUUUUAACAGGAUUUGCAUUCUCCACUAAUUUUGAGAGAUGGAAGGAGCUGAGGUCCUUCUCUGUUUCUGUUUUGAGGGAUUUUGGCAUGGGGAAGAGGAGUGUCGAAUCUCUUGUUCUGGAGGAAGCAAAAUGCCUGGUGACAGAAUUUAGGAAAAAUAAAGGUUUGUUUCUCAAUGUCUGCACCAUAAAAUAACCUUCUACAAGCAACUAGUUUGCAAUUUAAUAUCACGCAAAGUAACUAAUUUUAAUCAUUAAACAAUGGAAAUGUUCCAUUAUACAUAUAGUUACAUAGCUGAAAAGAGACUUGCGUCCAUCAAGUUCAGCCUACCUCACAUUUGUUUUUUGCUGUUGAUCCAAAAGAAGGCAAAAAACCCCAGUUUGAAGCACUUCCAAUUUUCCAACAAGCUAGGAAAAAAAUUCCUUCUUGACCCCAGAAUGACAGUUAGAUUUAUCCUUGGAUCAAGCAGUUAUUACCCUACAUUGAAAGAUUAUAUCCUUGAAUAUUCUGUUUUUGCAAGUAUGCAUCUAGUUGAUGUUUAAACAUCUGGACGGACUCUGAUAAAACCACUUCUUCAGGCAGAGAAUUGCACAUCCUGAUUGUUCUUACAGUAAAAAAACCCUUUCCUUUGCCUUAGAUGAAAUCUUCUUUCUUUCAGUCUAAACGCAUGACCUCAGUUACUUUCAAUUACUUUCAGGUCAUAUGUAUAGUUCAGUUUGUAAAAAGAUGAAUAGAUUUCCACACAAUGGUUUGUAUUGGCCCCGGAUAUAUUUGUGUAAUGUUAUUAUAUCCCCUCUGAGGCGACAUAUUCUUAAACGAAAGAGGUUAAAAUUUGUUAACCUUUCUUCAUAGCUAAAAUGUUCCAUUCCUUUUAUUAAUUUUGUAGCUCGCCUCUGCACUGUUUCAAGUGCCAUAAAAUCCUUGUUUAGAGCAGGUGCCCAAAAUUGCACAGCGAUAUUUAAAGAGGCAAAAUUAUAUUCUCAACCCUGAGAAUGAAUGUCCUUUUUCAUGCAUGACAAUACCUUACUCUCCUUAGCCACUGCUGAUUGACAUUGCACAUUGUUGCAUAGUUUGAUUUCUACAACAAUUCUCAAGUCCAUCUUGUGUGUUGUUGUCCCUAAUUUGCUACCAUUAAGGGUAUAAGUUGCUUAUGCAUUCUUUAUGCUGAAGUGCAUACAUUUGCAUUGUUCUACAUUAAAUUAUAUUUGCCAUUUGAGUGCCCAGUCCCCAAAUCUAUAUAAAUCCCUCUGCAGCAAAGUAAUAUCUUGCUCACAUUGUGUUACUUUACAGAGUUUUGUGUUGUCUGCAAACACUGAAACAUGAGUUCUAAUGCUUUUUUGCAAGAUGAUUUAUAAACAUGUUAAAUAGAAGGGGCUCCAGAACUGAACCCUGAGAGGCACAGCUUGAAAAUUUACCAUUAAUGACAACUCUCUGCCCUCUAUUUUGUAAGCCAAUGUUCUACCCAAGAAGAAGAAUUUUCAUCUAGACCGAUUUUCUUUGAGUUUGAACACUAAUCUAUUGUGUGGAACUGUACGCCUUGGCAAAAUCCAAAUAGAUCACAUCCACUGCAACACCCUGAUCUAUAAUUCUACUUCCUUAUUUGUAGAAUGCAAUCAGGUUAGUUUGACAUGACCUGUGCUUCAUAAAACCGUGCAGAUUUUUGCUGAUAACCACGUUCUUCUCAAAGAAUUCUUGAAUAUUAUCCCUUAAUAAACAUUCAAUUACUUUCCCAGCCACAGAAGUUAAGCUCACAGGUCUAGAAUUUCCAGGCAAGGAUUUCGAACCAUUUUUAAAUAUGAGAACCACAUCUGCCUUCUCCUCUACACUUCCUGAAAGAAAAGCAUCUCAAAAUAUUAAAAACAGAGGUUCACUUAUUUCUACACUCAGUUCCUUAAGUACACGUGGAUGGAUACCGUCAGGCCCUGGAGCUUUGUUUAUAUUAACUUUAUUUAGUUGCUGCAGCACCUUGUCUUGAGUUAACCAAUUACAAUUUUUCUGCAAGUUUUUUGCAGCAAUCAUUUGCACAUCUAUUGCCAUAGGUUCUUCCUUAAUAUAUACGGAGGAGAAAUAGUUAUUUAAAAUUUCUACCUUUUCCUGGUUUUCAUUAACUAACACCUCCAACCUGUUUUUUUUUGUGAACCUAAUUUUUUUACUUAUUUUUUUUGAAUUUAUUUGCUUAAAAAAUGCCUUGGGUUUGGUUUUGCUCUCUUUGACUAUAAUUUUUUCAUUCUGAAGUUUAGUGAAUCGAAUCACCUUUUUGCAUGCAUUAUUAGCUUCUUUAUAUCUUUUUAUAGGAUGCCUCUGAUUUGUACCCUUACGUGUACCUAGCAGCAUAUUAUACAGUAACUCUCUAAGUUGUAUAUACUCUAUAUCUAGGAAUAAGUAAUUUCGGGAGUGCUAAACAUUUUUUUUUUUUAAAGAAUCAAAUGUUGUUCUUUAAUUAGGCAAUUAAAAAGAGCAUUUUGUGGCCUAAAAAAAUCCCACUGCACAAAAGACAGAAUAAACACUAAAAAAUAAUCACAAGUGGAGCAGUAUCAGAUAUAUGGUGAGAAUUUGAUAUAUAUAUAUAUAUAUAUAUAUAUAUAUAUAUAUAUAUAUAUAUAUAUAUAUAUAUAUAUAUAGUGAUAAUAUAAGAUGUAUACAACUGUAAUUUCUGAAUCCUCCAGUAUGUGGCACUCAAUCAAUAUAAUGAGAAAAAAGGAAAUGACAGUGCAAAUCGUUUCUUUAAAUGGAUGAAUCAAAUGUUUUUCUUUGGUACACCACUAUUUGUAAUAGUGAAAUUCUAUAUAUACCCCAUGUAUAAAAUAAACUGUUUAUAAGAUAUAGGUGUAUUAAAGAAAUUGCUUCUAUAGGAAGCCAAAGUAUAUGUCUUCACAAUACAAGUUUAUUAUGCACAUUCUAUAGAUAUGGCAAGUACCGAAAAACACAUGCUCACAGUACAGUUAAAAUCAAAACAAUAAAAUGACUGCCUCUUACAAGAACAGGUGGUGAGUAACCACGGCAUAUACCGGUACUCACAGACAAGUUCAGUACAGUGGGUGGCGGGCGUCUUCUGUAUGUGAAACGGACUCCUUGCAGAACUUCCUUGACAAGGUUCCCAGUAUCCGCUGUGCGGUUCAAAUGGCAAGCUCUGCCCUCCUUGAGUGACGUCAACGCAUUUUGCCGUUAGAUGACGGCUUCCUCAGGACGUAUUGUAAACUCCAUCUUGAAAGAGGGCAUUUUAAGGGCAAAAAAAAAAAGAAAGAUAGUGCGUAGGCGCUUCACUGUAAUUGUGACAGUUCUGUAUAUAAUAAAAAUAUACAAUAGAUGGUGUAACCGGUACCCUAGUGCUUCCCUUAUACACCAGAUUUACAUAAUACAAUAAAAAGAGACAAAUACCAGUAUAUACACCUCCCCAAUGUGAUCACAACAAAAAUAAGUGAUAUUACCAAUAUAGAACUGGACUGUAAUGUAAACAGUGUAGAACUUGAUUGGGGUAUAAACUAAAAUAGAAAAAACAUAAAAAACAUAGUGCAAACUGUAUGAUGAAAAAUAAGUAAUAGAUAAAUGUGUGACUCUCACUCACAUUCUCCAGAGCCGUACCAGGCUCUGUAUAACAGGCUCAGGGGUGCCAAUAACUGGCUAACGAUCCAGGUGGUCCAAAUAGAUGAGACUCCAAAGGUUAAAUAUAAAAUAUAUUUAUUUAUAAAAAUAUAUAAAAAAUAUAUAAAAAAGUGUAUACACUACUGGGCACUAUGGGGGUGGAACCCAAAACGGACAAGGAUAUAUAUAAAACAACAAUGGAAUUCCACUUACCCCUAUCUGUAUAGUAGCCCAGAGUGACAGGAAUACACAUAAAAUAACAAAUACUAAAUGCAGAAGAUUGAAGCAGACACGUUUCGGCCAACAGCCUUCCUCCAGUGCUUGGAGGAAGGCUGUUGGCCGAAACGCGUCUGCUUCAAUCUUCUGCAUUUAGUAUUUGUUAUUUUAUGUGUAUUCCUGUCACUCUGGGCUACUAUACAGAUAGGGGUAAGUGGAAUUCCAUUGUUGUUUUAUAUAUAUCCUUGUCCGUUUUGGGUUCCACCCCCAUAGUGCCCAGUAGUGUAUACACUUUUUUAUAUAUUUUUUAUAUAUUUUUAUAAAUAAAUAUAUUUUAUAUUUAACCUUUGGAGUCUCAUCUAUUUGGACCACCUGGAUCGUUAGCCAGUUAUUGGCACCCCUGAGCCUGUUAUACAGAGCCUGGUACGGCUCUGGAGAAUGUGAGUGAGAGUCACACAUUUAUCUAUUACUUAUUUUUCAUCAUACAGUUUGCACUAUGUUUUUUAUGUUUUUUCUAUUUUAGUUUAUACCCCAAUCAAGUUCUACGCUGUUUACAUUACAGUCCAGUUCUAAAUUGGUAAUAUCACUUAUUUUUGUUGUGAUCACAUUGGGGAGGUGUAUAUACUGGUAUUUGUCUCUUUUUAUUUUAAGGGCAAACACCAGAAUCCUCAUUGGUAGUUCCUGGAUUCCUUUUAUUAGCAUAGUUCACGAUUACUUUACACUUGUAAUGUCCAGUAUUGCCAUUACCGUUUGUGGCGGAAAUAAUCUCACCACUGGGUUCUGGAGGGGCCUAUUUGCUCGCCUUUUGCCUCAGGAUUAUGGCCCCUGUGUUGAAACUUUGUUUUCCCCCUGUAAAAAGUCUUGUUUGUGUCUUUUUACUAUGUGGUUUGGUAAAUGGAAUUCACCGAACAAACUACAGUCGGACCACACGCAAGUGGAGUGUGCAGCCAAUUUACCUCUCAGGCUGGUGGUUAACCGCAAGCUAAUAGAUGAAUGGCUGGGUGGUCGCCAUCUUGUUUAGUUGAACGCGGUCAGCGGUGUUUUGCCAUCGAACAAAAAUCGGACACGUGACAGGACGAACACCGCUGAACCUUACCUUCUUUGGAACUUCAACGCUUCGACAGUAGUUGAACGACAUUUGACAAUUCGAACGCCACUUUAACAUUGGCUAUUUACACGAACGACUCCCGUUCGUGCAUUUGAAUAGUAUGUGAACUAUGGGGAACUGUUUUGGGUAUGAAAGCCAUGCUUGCUGUCUGUCAAAUGUGACUUCCAUCAAUCUUCCAAACCCCUGAACCGAUUGCUAUGAUUUUUAAAUAUGUUGUUCCCAUAAUUGUGCCGUUCGGAAAAUAUAAGUUUUAUGUGAAUUGAAUGUAUAAUUUUGAUAUGAGAAAUGUGUAAAAAUUUGCUUUUUCUGCUUGGGGAUAAUUGAGUUAAUACAGUAUCUUGCUCAAUUAUCUCCCAAGCACAGGGGAAGGUUUGUGUGCAUUAUUUGGGAGUGUCUAAAUGUACAAGUCUGUCCUGAUUGGUCUUUGCAACUCUGUGUCCUGUGUACCACAAGGUCCAUGUGGGUGGUAACCUUGUGGGAAAACCUGUAUAUCAGUGCCAAUAAACUCUCAGACGGCUGAGUUCCUGUUUUACCCUCAACAUAGAGCCUCGUCUCAUGCGUGGGGGAAAAGGCUGCAUCUACUUUGGGGAUUGCUAUAUGCUGUAUACUCCCCUGGCUAUAAUCACUAAGCUCUUUUAAGAGCUUGUUCCUGCUUCGCUCUCUGAAGAAAGAGAGGUUCACCCACUGGAGCCUGGAGCCUUGUCGUAGGUCUAGCGUGGGUAGGAGACAGUGAGACCCCAAACCAAGCUGCGGCGGUUCGUGGGGUCUGCAGUGCUUAUGGUGUCAAGUAGAGCGCUUGGAGCCCUCAGGAAGCACUAGGAGUAUCCAUCAAUGGAUGUAUCCAGUCGGGAUGCCAGGUGGUCCAUUACACCUUUGUAUAAAAGUCCCCAAAAAUGUAGACGAUUAAUAUUUAGUAUAAACUUACAUUGUACAAUCAAAAUAGCCUAAAAAUUCCAUAUAAGAGCAAACAAAAAAAAGAAAGUAGCAUUUCAUAUACAGAUAAAAAACAGAAAACAUCAAGUGGCAUUUCUUAUUAAUAAAAUCUUGUAUCAUGGUUUUUACACAGAGAAUAAUUGAACUAGUCCAGUCCAUAACUGGUGUUCUGAAGACAUCCUGUUUUUAGGGAAGGUGAAUGUGUGUAUAUAUAUAUAUUUAUAUUAAAACCAUUUAAACAUUCCUUAAAGUGGCCAUGUAUAGAUUAUAGGAUAAAGUGAAGUACAAGAAUUCAUAACAUCUAAAAUUAUUAGAGACUUUUUUGACUUCCCAUUCCUAUUUAAAUGGGGAAGAAAACAGAGUAUUAGACCUGCAAAAAUCAGAUGUACAAACAAAUACAUGGAGAUAUGGAUCUUCUGUGUAAAUUGUGAUGAGGUAUACAGAUUGGUGGAGUUCCAAACACUUUGCAAAUAAAGUAAAAAUUGAAUAAAAAUUAAGAAAUAAUUUAGUUGGAGGUAAUAUGUAUAUAGACUAUAAAUAAGUAAAUAACACGAUAUAAAUGGAGAUAUAUACAGAAAUAUAUAUUAAAAAUAAUGCAAAAAUUAUUUAUAUAAAAAAAAUUAAAAAAAUGGCAAAUCUCAAAAUCAUUAUUAAGUCCAUGAGGGACCAUAGGGUGGAGAUUAAAGAUCCACCUCAUUUCUGUCUGCCCUCUGAUACUCUAUAUCUAAUUAUAUCAUGCUUUCUACCGUUUAAAUUCCUUAUCUCCGUGUCUAAAACACGUUCUUCAUCUACAAGAUUUUAUUAUGUUUACCGUUAGGACACAAAUAACCAGCCUGGCUAUAAAUUUUGGAAAUAGAUCAGGGAAACCUCAUGUGAGAAUCCCUGGUUUGGUAUUUCAUAAAACUAAGUAAUUGAUUGAAUGAAAUGUCUUCACCAGUAAACAAUGUGUGAGACGAUUGCAGCAAUAUAGCAAAAUACAACCAUUUAACCAUCUAUUCAAUGAUAUAACAGGCUUUAUUAUCCAUUGCCAAAGAUAAACAUAAAACUGACAGGUGAUAUAUUGUGUCUCUAUAUAUUCCCUAUUAGUAUAAUAAGCAUCCCUUCAGAAUCAUUGCAUGAUUACAGUGUCCAAAUAAUCUUGAGCAUUUAUUGAAAAGGGAGAGGGGAGUUUAAUUGAAGAAAUACAGUAUUAUAAUAGGGAGAGAUCACCUAAAUUGUCAGUUGGCUGUACACCUACACGGGUUCUAUUAGUGCCUUGUUUUUUAUUUUCAAAACUUUACAAUCUUGUAUGACAUUAUGAAGCUUGCUAAGGCUGUUUGUACACGUUACAAUAAAGAUUGUUAAAAAAAAUAAAAAUUUUGAGAUAACCGUACACAUAAUAAAUGCACAUUUUCUCUGCCGUUUAUUGUUCUACAUUCUAUGUGCUACACUUUGAUAUCGAUCUUUGCACUAUUUAUGCAGUAAAUUCAGCUUUUUCUCAGCAAUACAUUCUGUAUGUUGCAGGAUCUGAGUUUGAUCCCUUUGGGAUACUUUCCCAAGCAUCGACCAAUAUCAUUUGCUCCCUGACAUUUGGACAGCGAUUUGAAUAUGAUGAUGAAGAAUUGAAGUUAUUGAUUGUUAGGCUGCAUGAAACAUUCUAUCUUCUAAGUGCUAUAUCUGGCAAGGUAAGCAAUCAGUCCGAUAAGCCUGAACUGAAUAUUCUAGGCAGCAGAUAAUCCAUUCUUUUUAAAUACAUUAUACAGGUAACAUGUAAAUAAAACACAUCACUUUGUAGGUAUCUUAUAGUCCCCAAAAUAUAUUGGUGUUCACACCAACAUUUUCACAGCACAGAGAAGCACCUUGAGGUUUGUAAGUGGGUGUUCUUAUGGAACAAAAUAUGUACCUUUAAUAAUAUAAACCCACCCAUUAUAACUAACUGUAACCUAACCUACACAGUGCAUCUAACGUGUGUGGGAGCCUGGAGUGUCACUUUAAUAAUAUAAACCCACCCAGUAUAACUAACUGUAACCUAACCUACACAGUGCACCUAACGUGUGUGGGAGCCUGGAGUGUCCCUUUAAUAAUAAAAACCCACCCAGUAUAACUAACUGUAACCUAACCUACACAGUGCACCUAACGUGUAUGGGAACCUGGAGUGUCCCUUUAAUAAUAUAAACCCACCCAGUAUAACUAACUGUAACCUAACAUACACAGUGUAUCUAACGUGUGUGGGAGCCAGGACUGUCCCUUUAAUAGUAUAAACCCACCCAGUAUAACUAACUAUAACCAAACCUACACAGUGCAUCUAACGUGUGUGGGAGCCUGGAGUGUCCCUUUAAUAAUAUAAACCCACCCAGUAUAACUGUAACCUAACCUACAUAGUGCAUCUAACAUGUGUGGGAGCCUGAAGUGUCCCUUUCAUAAUAUAAACCCACCCAGUAUAACUAACUGUAACCUAACCUACACAGUGCACCUAACGUGUAUGGGAACCUGGAGUGUCCCUUUAAUAAUAUAAACCCCAAAAUAAAAUACUUGAAAUUACAUUUACCAAAAAGUGCAGUGCUCGUGUGUUGCACACACAUAUAUAGUUGAAAAUGGUGUUUACCCUUUCAAUUACAACCACUUAGUAGAUAUAAAUCGCCAAAUCCUGUCCCUUUCAUCUCAAAAACAUAGCCACAUUAACCCCGGAUGUGGCUAGGGUGCUGGUCCAUGCUCUUGUUCUCUCUCGCCUUGACUACUGCAAUACCCUUCUCAGUGGUGUUACGUGUUCCCAGAUUGCACCGUUGCUAUCUAUAAUGAAUGCGGCGGCAAGGCUCCCACGCCUCCCCGCUCUGUCAGUCCCUGCAUUGGCUUCCAGUUAGAUAUAGGGCUCAAUUUAAAAUUCUGGUGCUUGCCUACAAGUCCCUACAUAAUUCUGCUCCAACCUACCUAUCCUCCCUAAUACACAAGUAUGUCCCAUUGAGGCCCCUAUGCUCUGCCAAAGACCUACGUAUAUCCUCUGUCAGUACGCCCACCUCUAAUGCUCGCCUCCAAGAUUUCUCCAGGGCUGCCACUCUUCUGUGGAACUCCCUUCUCCAUAAGACUUUCACCCAGUCUCCAUUCAUUCAAAAAAUAAUUGAAAACUCACUUCUUCAAGAAAGCAUAUCAAUUAAAGUUAGCAGGUUUUCAUCCCGCACACUCCAUGACUCCUCUCCUGCAACUAUCAAAAAUUACCUACUAAGCCCUCAAUGAAUACUUUUCUAACAACCUACUUCGUAUCCCUACUUUUACCCUUUGUGUCACUAUACCCCACUCCCUCUAGAAUGUAAGCUCAUUGAGCAGGGCCCUCCACCUCUCUGUUCCUGUACGUCCAAUUGUCUGAUUAAAAUUACAUGUCUGUUAGUCCACCAAUUGUACAGCGCUACAGAAUUAGAUGGCACUAUAUAAAUAAUAAAAUAAUAAUAAUAAAGGAAUCCUCUAAAAAACCUCAAUAUAAAUUCAUUCAGCUGGGUAUCUAUAAAAGGGUAAUUAAUAUCACAAAAAGAUAAAAUACUGUAGAAACACAAAAAGGUGCUAAUGAUUCAAGGUUGAACUCACAAAUGUAGUUUGUAUAUAGAGCCCAUCAAAAUGUAGGUGAUAAAUCCUCCGGACAUUCAGAGAUGCGUGUAAAGAUAAAAGAUAGAGACCAUGAUGCAGCACUUUUAAAUAUAAAAUACACUUAAAAGAUAUGUGUAGAUAAAAAGCCCAUCAAUAACAUCAUAGAUUAUGGGAACUGGAUACAAUCAUCCUUGAGUCCUUCACCAGACAGAUGAAAGUUGGGAAUAAAAAAUAAUAAAUAAAUAAUGUAAAUCAAAAACAAAAAACGUGCAGCACCUAUGGAUCCGCCCUACGCGUUUCGUCUCAAUUCAGAGACUUCCUCACGGGGAAAAAAGUGCAAUGUGAUCUCCAUACAAACCCGCCAUAUUUAAACCCACAAUAUUCCGUUCCAGGCCACCAACGUCCAAUCAGGACGUGACCACCCAUCUGUCCACAAUCAUUCAACAAGAGAAAGAGUUCUCAGUUCAUUUCCCUUUUUCCUUUUCCGGCAUUAUGGCGUUGUCUGAAAGUAGGUGUGUCGAUCUUCUUUCCUCUGUGAAACACAUCAAUGCAUAUGUGCAACGAAAAUCUACUUACAUAUAUUUUUAAAUAUAUAACUGAAAAAGAAAUAAAAAGUAAAAAACUUAUAUGUAAAAAUAUAAAAUAAACUAACCCCCCCCAUUGCUAGUAUAACUAAGAGAGUGAUUUAAUCCAUUAUAACAUAGAAGACAAAUAAAAAAUGAAUUUAGGUAAUAAAACAUAUAUAAAAAAGAAAAUAGUUGCACAUUGUAAAAUCUGGUUGGAACGAUCUUCACUGUUAAAUCUUCUGUAGAAUAUUGCAUAUUCUAUGUUUCUAUUGAUUAUAUAUAUGGAUGUGUGGAUUGACAUAAGUAACAGAUGGUAUCAAUAAGUCACAAGGCUUUCUGUGUCCGAGAGCUCUGGAAUGUGGGUGUGGGGGUUUUUCCUUAUAUGGCUAGAGUUAAACGCUGACGUUAGUAUGAACACUUCUAUAUAGUAACAGAGGGACACAAGGUCUCUCUCUCUUAGCUUGGCUCGGUACAACAAUGUAACUCUCCCAUCAGAAGUACAGCAAUUACCAUCUGCUGUUGAAUGUCUACUAUCCUGUAACAUCCUUUAUUAUGUUUUAUUAUGUAUCCGUAACAAAGAAUAAACCUGAAGAAACCGUAAGUCAGAUUGCGUAUUACUACUUUUCAAUAAUAUAGACAUAUAUUAUUGUGGCGAGCAUUUGGACCAAGAAUAUAUAUACAAAAGACGUAUAUAUAUCAAUCAACUGAAGAUAAGAAGAAAUUAAGAAGAUUCUACAUGAACAUCCAUUCAUCUACAUUUUUACAUCUUCUUAAUUUCUUCUUGUCUUCAGUUGAUUGCUAUAUAUAUAUAUAUAUACGUCUUUUGUAUAUAUAUUCUUGGGCCAAAUGCUUGCCACAAUAAUAUAUGUCUAUAUUAUUGAAAAGUACCAAUACGCAAUCUGACUUAUGGUUUCCUCAUGUUUAUUCUUAGUUACGGAUACAUAAUAAAACAUAAUAAAUGAUGUUACAGGAUAAUGGACAUUCAACAGCAGAUGGUAAUUGCUGGACCUCUUUACAUCCUUACAUCUUUACAUUGAGAGAGAGAGCCCAGAGCCAAGAGAGAGCGACCUCUGUUACUAUAUAGAUGUGCUCAUACUGACGUUAGAGUUUAACGCUAGCCAUAUAAGGACAAAACCCCCAACUCCAAAUUCCAGAGACCUCAUGGUACAGAAUAGCAAAUGCCAUCUGUUCUGUUUAAACCAUUAGACAGCCACACCUUAAUAUGUAUUUGAAUAGGAACAUAUAGAAUAUGCAAUAUUCUACAUUUCCCUCUGUUUAUGGUUUAUUUAUCGCUAUCGCUAUCGCUAUCCCAAAUAAUAAUAAACCAUAACAAAAUGUUAUUUACCAUAGAUUUUGGUGUCUGAUCAUCAGGAAUACUCAUUACCAAUCUGUAUGCACGCUCAAAUUUUAAAAGGAAACUGAAGACAUCUUCAUUUAAAUUUUUCUAAAAUCUCAAUAUCCACAUGCUCAUUUCCUGUUGUUAAUCUUAUUAAUUGUGUCAAUCUAUCUCACUCAUUCCCAUGGACUAUUUCACCAUCUUUGUCAUUAGUGGUAAUUAUGGGUGGAGUCAGUCUACGUGCAAUGUAUGUUAGCAGCCAUAUUUUAAACAAUCUGUUCCUUUGUUCGUCAUUCAAAUUAUGUUUAGAUAAAUUAGACCCAAAUACGUCUGCAUUACCAAAGGCAUCCAUUGAUGGAUUAUAUGGGGAAAUAUCUUUGGUAACUUUCAUCAGCUGCUCUUGAAUUUUUAAUUUAAGUUUUGCAGGCUUAUCUAACAAUUUUCUACGUUGCAAAUCAGAUUGGGAUGAUAUUUCUGUGACAUCAACUGGCUCAAGUAUCAAAUUAUGAUCACUCCUUGUAAUCACACACAACUGUUUGGCUUCAGUUCUAAGUUUACAAAUGAAUUCAGAUUUAAGAUCCAGCUGUUCUCCCAAAUCACAAAUACUUGCCUGUAGUCUAUCAUAGUUAGUACAUUUCAUUCCUGUUACACAUACAGAUUUCUCUUUAAUGUCUGUCUGUGUACUUUUUAAAUCUUGCACCUUUACUUGUGCUGGUACUUGCAAUUUUGUUGGAGCCACUCCUGUUCUAAGGAUCAUUGUGUCAAAGGUUUCUACCAAUUUUAAAACAUUUCUAAUUUUCUUUUUUGUUUUAUUAAACAUAACAGUUUAUUAUCAAUAGCUGAAUUUGCUUGUUUACAUUGCUCAUACAAACUUGCCCACAAUUGACUAUCUGUAUAGCAUCUAUUAAACACAAAAUCAAGUUUACUUUUAUCUGCAAUAUCAGUAACAAAAUCCAUUAUUACUCACCAGACAAGUUGAUCUUUAAUGCACGACACGGUCUGCUUUUAGCCUGCUUUUUACUCGUACAGCUGCGCAGUUCUGGGCUUGAUUCUGGACGCUUGCCAAUCUCUGCCACGUGCUUGCUUCUAGACUUCACGUUGUAUCUUGUGCUGCUUUCUUUAUAAUGAUGUUACAGGAUGAUGGACAUUCAACAGAAGAUGGUAAUUGCUGGACUUCUUUACAUCCUUACAUCUUUACAUUGAGAGAGAGAGCCAGAGACAGCCCAGAGCCAAGAGAGAGCAACCUCGUGCCCCUCUGUUACUAUAUAGAUGUGCUCAUAGCCAUAUAAGGACAAAACCCCCACAUCCACAUUGCAGAGCUCUCGGACAAAGAAAGCCUUGUAACUUAUACCAUCUGUUACUUAUGUCAAUCCACACAUCCAUAUAUAAUCAAUAGAAACAUAGAAUAUACAAUAUUCUACACACAUAAAUAAAAAAUUAAAAAGAAAACUUAUAAGAAACACACCAAUUUGAAAUUAACGCUCAAGCCCUUAGGUUGCAUGGUUUGGAGUUUAUAUAUCUAAACAUCCUCUUUUCUUCUUAAUUCAUUCAUAAUGAUCCUUCCUCCCCCGCCCCCGUCAUGUAGAUGUACUUGUUCAAUGACAGUGAAACAUAACCUAUGUGGGUCAAAGGUUGGACAUUGAUUGCAAUGUCCAUUGAUUGCAAAGCACUUCUACCAAAGAAAAAUAAAAUAAGAGAAUAUGUCACCUGUUCUUCCUCGCAUGUUGCAUACCUGCUAACUUGUGGGUGCGGUGCACGAUAUGUUGGAAGAACAGGUAGACAAGCAAAGGUGCGUUUCCUUGAACACUCUAAUAACAUUAGAAGACGUUUACAUACACAUUCAGUCCCUUGUCAUUGCAAUCAAUGCCCAUCCUUUGACCCACAUAGGUUAUCUUUCACUGUCAUCGAACAAGAAGGGAGGGUUUUUGGAUAUACUAUAAAGUCCAAACCAUGCAAAUAAGGGCUUGAUUUGAUUUCGACUACGUGUGUUUCUUAUAAUUUUUAGAUUUUUUUUACUUAUUUCUUAUUUUUUAUUUAUGUGCAACGAUUUAAUUUUUUAUAUAUGUUUUAUUACCUAAAUUCCUAUUUUUUUUUGUCUUAUAUAUUAUAAUGGAUUAAAUCACUCUCUUAGUUAUACUAGUUGGGUGGGGGGGCAUUAGUUAAUUUUAUGUUUUUACUUUUUUAUUUAUUUUUCAUUUAUAUAUUUAAAAUAUAUUUUCGUUGCACAUAAGGUUUUUUUCUUGACUAAAUUUUGUACUGGAUUACAUUAGAAUGUAUAUUCUCUUGAUUGAGACGCUACUCACCAGAUACUAGUUGUGGUCAGAAUAUCUACAAUUAGUAUCUGAUGUGUAGCGUCUCAAUCAAGAGAAUAUGCAUUCUAAUCUUCUUCCCUCCAGGUAACACCUCCAUAGAGAGUUCUUCUCUGGAAGUAGGAAGUUCCAGUUAAUUUCAUAGACCAACAGGGGUUAAGCCCCGAGACACCACUGGAGUGUCUCUUUGGUGUGUUAAUUUCAGAGUAGGGGAUUCGGAAUUGCAGAUCUACCCACCCUGAAUAUUAUCUCUUUAUUAAUUAUAGUUCAUAUAGAAUUAUAUUUAUGAUUUUUUCCGUUUAUAUAUUUUUCUUAUUGUUUUUGAGUGUAUCAUGGACAUUUAUACAAAGAGCCGUCUUUCUCUUGAAAAGAAAAAAUCCAAAUGGUUAAAGAAUAGAGUUGAGUGAACAAAGACUGUAAAGUUCGGGUUCGUACCGAACAUUACAUUUUUUUGGACUACGACCCGAACACGGACAUAUCAGGGCAGCCGAUCAACAAGCGUUUGACUCGUGUGCCCCUAGAAGCACUCACAGCCAUGCCAUUAGUGCAGCAUGUGACCCAGUCUCUAUAUAUAAGCUGGAGUCGCGCAGCGCCGCACGCACAUGAGCUCUUAUUAGUGUAGGGAGAGGAUGCUGCAGCUGUGAGGGACGUAUUAGGAAAGAAUUCUGGUGUUGAAUCUGCAAACUGCAGCGAUUAUUCAAACUACAGCGAUUAUUUUUGUGGGUGCUAUAAUACCACAUUUUUGUACCCUGCCCUGAGCCCAGUGCCACAGAAAAUGCAGUGCACUUGCAACUGCAUGUGUGCCAGGCACAUUACUUUAAUCCUGUUCUGGUAGCUCAGUGGUGCUAAAUAGUACAUUUGCGUACUGCAUUUCUUGCAGUCCAAUAAAACCCUUAAAUACUACUGUUACAUUGUUGAUUUAAAAAAAUCAAACUUUUUGGUGCUAAAUAGUACAUUUGCGGUGCACUUCAUAUCUGAAAGUCAAAUAGAACCGUCAAAUACUGUGCUUACAUUGCAGUUUUAAAUAUUUAAAUUCUUUAGGUGCUAAAAAGUAAAUUUGGGGCCUGCACUUCAUAUCUGAGAGUCAAAUAGAACCGUCAAAUACUGUGCUUACAGCGCAGUUUUAAAAAUUCAAAUUUUUUUUGCUGCCAAAUAGAACCGUCAAAUACUGUGCUUACAGCGAAGUUUUUAAAAUGCAAAUUUUUUUGCUGCUAAAUAGUACAUUUGCGGCCUGCGGUUCACUUGAUAUCUGAGAGUCAAAUAGAGCCGUCAAAUACUGUGGUUACAGCACAUUUUUAAACAUUCAAAUUCUUUAGGUGCUAAAAAGUCAAUUUGGGGUGUGCACUUCAUAUCUGAGAGUCAAAUAGAGCCGUCAAAUACUGUGGUUACAGCGCAAUUUUAAACAUUCAAAUUCUUUAGGUGCUAAAAAGUAAAUUUGGGGCGUGCACUUCAUAUCUGAGAGUCAAAUAGAACCGUCAAAUACUGUGCUUACAUUGCAGUUUUAAAUAUUUAAAUUCUUUAGGUGCUAAAAAGUACAUUUGGGGCGUGCACUUCAUAUCUGAGAGUCAAAUAGAACCGUCAAAUACUGUGGUUACAGCGCAUUUUUAAACAUUCAAAUUCUUUAGGUGCUAAAUUGUACAUUUGGGGCCUGCACUUCAUAUCUGAGAGUCAAAUAGAACCGUCAAAUACUGUUGUGACAUAGCAGUUUCAAAAUUUCGAAUUCUUUAGGUGCUAAAUAGUAAAUUUGGGGUAUGCACUUCAUAUAUGAGAGUCAAAUAGAACCGUGAAAUACUGUGCUUACAUCGCAUUUUACACAUUCAAAUUUUUUUGCUGCUAAAUAGUACAUUUGCGGCCUGCGCUGCACUUCAUAUCUGAGAGUCAAAUAGAACCGUCAAAUACUGUGCUUACAGUGCAGUUUUUAAAAUUCCAUUUUUUUGCUGCUAAAUAGUACAUUUGGGGUGUGUACUUCAUAUCUGGUGUAUGUGUGCAACACUGGCUAGUUACCGCUUCUCAAGAAAGUCUAAAGACUUUUUAAAAAAGUGAAAAAUAAGUGUUAUUGUGAUCGCUUCAUAUACAGAAACAUUAAUAUACAUUUCUAUAUUGUGUAAAGACACAACUACAAAGUUAAAAACCAAACACCAAAACAAUGUGCCAGACAAUCUACCUGUGCAUGGCUAGUGAGAUACAAUAAGUCUACAUCUUAAAAAUGCAAUAACCCACAGAAGAUGGGCGAGAAUUUUUUUUGCAAAUGGAACUUUGAUUAGAAUUUACUACAUCGGCCACUUGUAAUAUUGUAUCACACCUACAAAACUUGUUACACAGAUCUAAGUGAUGGAAAACAGAUUGAUAUUUUCUACACUAGAAACUACCAGAUAACAAGCUGCUUUAAACCAGAUUUAUCAAUAGCGAAGAGGUACUUAAAAGGUACUUAUUGUAAUUCUGGGGCAAUACCCUCACAAGUCAAACUGAGAGGUCAGUUUAUAGAGAAAACUGUUGCCUGGAUACAAUUCUAAAACAAUUUCCAUAUGUCCUUUGCAGACUUUACAUGCUGGAAAAACACAGGUGCCAACUGCUGUGGCUUUCUGCAGUGUGCAGACCGGCAAGGAGGGCAGGGUUGAGGAAUGGGUGGAAGAUGAUGUGGAGGAUAAUGAGGUCCUAGAUCUGACAUGGAAUGAAGGUCAUGCGAGUGACGUGUGCAGUUUGGAGGAAGAGGAGGUGUCGCACAGAGGCACCAGCACAGCAUAAGAGGGAGCAGGGUGCAAAAGCGGAACGGCCAUCCCCUAGCGCUCGUCGGCAUGUAUUAGCUCUAGAAUUACCACAGUUAUCCAAGUAACAGAAUGAGCGAUCAAAGGAACCAUAACUGAUUUAAUGAGCCAUUCGCAGUUUCACUUGUAGCUGCUGUGCGCGCUCACCCUGCUGCUGCUCGCCUGUCUGCGCUGCAGCGUUAAUUCGGCCUUCCCGCUCACCGCCUCAUAUGCGACGUGCCCACAAGGUAGAACUCCACCUUGCACAUGCUGGAGAGACUGUGUGAGCAGCAGCAGGUGAUAGCGGAGUUUCAGCUACAGCAUGCACGGGUCAGUCGCUCUGCACCAGACUUGCCCCCCAAUAGAUCCUCGUUAAAGGAUUUAAAGUGGACUCAUUCCAAUUACAGGGCCUGGAAAGAGUCCUGUAUUGUUAUUUAUCGUCUAUACCUUCCUGCGUCGGGAGUGGGUAAUUUGCAUGCCUGCUGCAUUCCUUGGAUGUGGUAGCCGUUUCUCAGGCUCCCUCUCCAGAAUUGAACCCUGAUUCCCAGUAACCCAUGGUCACCAUGGUAGGCGCAGAUAAUAACAUCGAAAGUUGAUAGGGGAGACAUCCAAAUGCGUUGUCACUGCCUCCUCAACCUCCUACUCCACAUCCACCUCCUCCUCCUAGAGCAGGGUGCAAAAGCGGAGCAGCCGUCCCUAGAAAGUACGCCUGCUACUGCCCACCGCACCCGGGGACCGAGCACACCAAAGCCAGCUCCAAGGAGUUCCCUGGCGUGGCAGUUCGAGCGAGGAGAACCCAGUCGAUUCCUGUGGCACCUCCCGAUAGACAAACAGGAGAUGGGGCAGGAAUCUCUCUCAAUCCUUGUGAGUCGCCGCAAAGGUACGGAGCAUUUGCUUCAACGUACUGGUCUGGGGGUGGUAAGGGGAGCUCAGGAUUGGUUUAUUGUGCACAAUCUCCACAGUUGGUGGGUCAUUUCGGCAGUAAAUUGGGUGCCCUGGUCUGAGAGAAUCUCCCGGGGAAAACCCAUCGUGGAGAACACUCACAUCAAGGCUUCUCUGCCCGAAUACUGCUCAGGGUCGCGUAGUCCACGAUGGUCAGAAUGUACUUCUUCCCAGAGGGACUAGGCUUGGCUAGGGGACCUAUAAUAUCGACAGCUACUCUGCCGAACUGAUCUUCACUAAUAGGUAGGGGAUGGAGGGGGGCCCUAUGCCAGUCCCUUUUCUUCCCCACUCUCUGGCAGACAUCUGGCAGUACUGCCUCAGAUCCUGAGAGAUUCCUGGCCAGAAGAAGCUUUGGGUGAGCCAAGACACUGUCCGGCUCCUGCACAAAUUACCUGCAAAAGGGAUAUCGUGAGCUAGCUUCAGCAGCUCAUACCAAUACUUCUUGGGUCUGGGGCUGGUGGUCUCUCACCAGCCGUGUUGUUCGGGAGCCCAUUGAAAAAGUGCUCUAGCAUGACGAGCUGGGUGAUCUCCUCCGGGAACUUGGCUUGAUGGGAGUUGAGACAGUUCUGGGUGGCCCUUGUGAUGCGGCAUGCCCAUUUCACAUGGGAGUCCUUCUCCCCUUUCCGGGUCUCCCUAAACUUUCGACGGUAUUGCUCGGGGGUGACCGCAUACCGGGCCAGGAGGAUUUGUGUAAUAAAGGGAUAGUCUCUGAUCUGCUCUUCUGGUACAGCCCGGUGCCUUCCCCUCUAGUUUGCUGGCCAGGAUGGUGACCCAGUCGCUGGGGUCCACGUCUUGAAGUAGGCACUGGAACUCAAAGUCUUGUAAAAAGUCAUAAAUGCCGCCUUCUGCUUCCUUGAACUCUUUGAAGGCAUUGUAUGGUAGCUUGUGGGCCAGGGUGGUUGUGCUUCCCAGCGCCCUCUGCUCCCUUCUUCCUUCAUCUGGGUUCAUGGAGGUCGCCCUCUGUCUAUUGGCAAGGACAUAGGCUUGCACCUCCAAAAAGGUCCUGCUGAUGAUCUCCUAUGUGGGUGGCUCUUGGUAAUAUGCCAGGCGCCGGUCCACCUCCUCCUCAUCUCCGGCCCCUGGCUGAGGUUCGUUGCCUCACUGCGUGCCUGGUCGUCCUCCAUGAGCACAACAGUCAAUUUGGCCUUGUUACACCCACCAGGCGUUAUUCCUCUGGCUCCACACAAGUCCUGCAGAAAUUCCUGAAAAACUACACAGAUAUAUCAGAGCUGCUGCAGAAAGUGCAGGCCGUCUGUGCGCGCUUUCGUUGUUCUCACCCUGCUGCUGCUCGCCUGUCUGCGCUGCAGCGUAACUUCGGCCUUCCCGCUCACCGCCUCAUAUGCGAUGUGCCCACAAGCUGGAACUCCACCUUGCACAUGCUGGAGAGACUGUGCGAGCAGCAGCAGUCGAUAGUGGAGUUUCAGCUGCAGCACGCACGGGUCAGUCGCUCUGCGGAACAGCACCACUUCACCACCAAUGAGUGUGCCUCCAUGCGAGACCUGUGUGCCAUGUUGCGUUGUUUCGAGUACUCCACCAACAUGGCCAGUGCUGAUGACGCCAUUCUCAGCCUUACUAUCACGCUUCUAUGUCUCCUUGAAAAAACGCUUUGGGCGAUGAUGGAAGAGGAUGUGGCAAAGGAGGAAGAGGGGGAGGAAGAGGGGUCAUUUCCAUGGUUAUCAGGCCAGUUAUUCACAAGUGGCUCGGAGGGUGAGUUCCUGCACCAGCAUAGGCCAGGUACAUAAUUGUCCGGCAUCUCCACACUGUCCCAUGGAAGCAUUCAGCUGUCCAUCUCCCAAACACUGGAGAGAAAGAGGAAGUACCCCCUAGCCACCUGUGAUCCCUGGUCCUGAAUGCCAGCAUUUCAUAUUUCCUGGCCUUUGAAAUGCUGUCAUUCCGUCUGGUGGAGACGGACAGUUUUAAAAACCUGAUGGCGCUAUUGGACUGCAAGAAAUGCACCGCAGGCCACAAAUGUUUCUUUUUUUAUAUGUCCUAAUAUUUUGGGGGCUACCCCAAUAAAAAAAAACAAAAAAAAACAAACAAACAAAUAAAAAACAGUGUUAACUACCUCUUCCGCCUUCACCGCUGCUUCCACCUACACCACCACGGUCACUGCCUCCUCAACCUCCUACUCCACAUCCACCUCCUCCUCCUAGACCAGGGUGCAAAAGCGGAGCGGCCAUCCCCUAGACAGUAUGCCUGCUACUGCCCACCGCACACCAAAGCCAGCUCCAAGGAAUUCCCUGGCGUGGCAGUUCUUCAGACAAUGUGCUGACAAGACACUAGUGGUUUGCACGCUGUGCAAUCAGAGCCUUAAGCGAGGCAUAAACGUGCUAAACCUGAGCACAACCUGCAUUACCAGGCAUCUACAUGCAAAGCACGAGCUGCAGUGGAGUAAGCACCUCAAAAACCAAGAAAGGUCUCAGGCUCCUCCUGCUUCCUCUUCUGCUGCUGUCUUUGCCUCUUCCUCCACCUCUGGAGUGACAGUGACACCUGCCACCCCACAAACAGAGGAUGUGGCAGCAACGCCACCAUGUCCGCCACCGUCCCCAAGCAUCUCCACCCUGUCCCAUGGAAGUGUUAAGCUGUCCAUCUCCCAAACACUGGAGAGAAAGAGGAAGUACCCCCCUACCCACCCCGCGAUUCCUGGCCCUGAAUGCCAGCAUUUAAAAAUUCCUGGCCUUUGAAAUGCUGUCACUCCGUCUGGAGACUGACAGUUUUAAAAACCCGAUGGCGUUAUUGGACUGCAAGAAAUGCACCGCAGGCCGCAAAUGUUUCUUUUUUAUAUGUUCAAUAUUUUGGCACCUACACCGCCACGGUCAACGCCUCCUCAACCUAUGGGUCACUUAGUAUAAAGUAUGUACACAAUAGCAGGGGCUUGUGAAGGCCUUUUCUCCAUGCAUCAGGAGUUGAGCUCAGUUUGAACAAUGAAAGAGAAUACCCUGCACUCCAAUCCUCUCUUAAAUAGAUAAUUCUGGUGAUCCUCCUGACAGCCAUGCUUUAGAUUUUGAUUUAUGUUCUUCCAAAGCUAAAACCAAAGAUUCCAUCUAGUGCUAUUUUAUGGCUCAGCUGUAUUUUUUUAUGUAUUUUAUGUUAUUUUAAGUGAUUUCCCUAUCCACAUUUGUUUGCAGGGCACUUGUCCUGCCCAUUUUACUUCCUUUUGCAGCCCUCUAGCCCUUUCCAGGAGUUUUUUAGAGGCAUUUUAGUGCCCAAAAGUUUGGGUCCCCAUUGACUUCAAUGAGGUUCGGGGUCAAGUUCGGGGUCAGGUUCGAGCCCGAACUCGAACCGUUUGACGAAGUUCGGCCGAACUCGCGAACCCGAACAUCCAGGUGCCCGCUCAACUCUAUUAAAGAACUCUUCCGUUCAUCUAUUGAAGUUUAGGAUGUCAUGUUUGAGGAGUGGAACGCAUUAAUGUAUUAAUGAGUUCCACAGAGGAAAGAAGUUCGACACAUCUACUUUCGGACAACCGUUUCUGCUUUUAUCCUCCCCUUCAGGAGAAGAUAUACAGCACCAAAAGGGGUGGAUCGCCUAAACAGAUCCAAAAGCGAUUUAAGCCAGAGCUGGGUCUAUAGCUCCUCAUUUGUGAGUUUAUACAGCAAUCUCUGUUUUAAAUAUUAUUCAGUUAUAAACCAUCUACACUAUAUUCGAUUAUUUUCUUUCUAGACAUCUAUCUGCUAUUCAAGUAAAACAACUCCUCUAAAAACCUACUAAAAGGUGAUAACUUAUUGAUUUAUUGUACAAGCGCUACAUUCUUUCUUUGUACUUUCGGAUAACGCCAUAGUGCCGGAAAAUGAAAAAGGGAAAUUAACUGACGUUGGAACGCAUAUGCCUUCCAGGGAGAACUCUUUUGGCGCGAAUUGAAUGAUUGUGGACAGAUGGGUGGUCACGUCAUGAUCUACCAAACAGCCACUAGAGGCGCUUCCUGCUGCUUCAGAGUUUAACUCUGUGAAAAGAACACUGGAUGUCCUCAAUUUAACCAAAGAAAAACUUAGAGUCAAUGCUUUUCUGUGGGGAUUGCCAAAUGCGCAUUAGGUUCCCCCCCAGUGCUGAUUUCAUGGUGGGUUUCGGGGUGGCACACAGGUGCACUAUGAUAGGAAUACAGCUUUGUAUUUAUAACACUAUUGUGUCCCUGUAAUAAAUAACCAUGCAAGGGUAUCAGCUGAGCAUUCACAACCAAUCACUGCCCCAAACUGAAGGUAUGAAUUUGGUAUGUCUUAAGGUGGUCGUAACUACUCCUUAUCCAUACUGUCCCAGGAAGCUUCAGGUUUUCUUGGGACCCUGAUUCUGUUUUUUCUUUUUUCCCUACUAGUUUUGCUUUUCUAUUGGUCGGUUGGUUAAUAAUUCAAUCACUGGAAUUCUUUGACAUUUAUUUUUUUUAAAGGUUUUUGGAUGUUUAUAUUCAUGACAAGUUAACGGAGGCAUCAAUCCCGCCUCAUGAAUACAGGAAACAGGCCUCGAUAUUAUUAAAUAUUAACUGCCCCGGACAGCAAGUUUAUUUCCACUUUGUUAAUUCUGCAAAGGUAUCUGAGCUGAAUAUACACAUACAAAUUUAGAGAUUUAGAGAAAAAUGUUGGAAAACAUCUGGAGACAUUUAGAAAUUCCCUCUUAGUAUAUAAAAUGUUCUAUUGAAUCUGUGCUUUAUAUUUCUAGCUAUCAAAUUUAAUUCCUGGAAUAAUGAAAUAUUUACCUGGUGCCCAUAAAAAAAUCUUCAAUCACAUGGAAGAUAUUGUCUCCUUCGUAAGGAAGAGAGUUGAAUUAAACCAGAAGACACUGGACGUCAACUGCCCUCGAGAUUACAUUGAUGCUUUCCUUCUGAAGAUACAAAAGGUAGAACAUUGUAAGACCAAAAGCCCAAAUCUGGACACAUUUUCCCACGAACACACAGCUUAAAACAUGAAGGUUGUCUCAUAUUCCUCAACACAUUCUGUUCCUGUGCGUCCAGCUCGUCUUAUGGCAAAUCCAUGUCAGUUAGUCUGCAUAUUGUACAGUGCUGCUGAACAAGUCAGUGCUUUAAUAAUAUUAAUAUCAUUAAAACAUAUGAAACAUAGAUAUUGAUGGACAUUACCGAUUACAAGGAUGGAAUGUCUUUGUGUUGUUUCCCCCCUCCCCAGUUAUUACUUAUUUUCCCAUUUUUAAAAAGCUAGGUAAAUUAUUACAUUAAAACCUUUAUAAGAAAAAGAAAAAAGCUGAAUUUUUACCUUAUAUACACUACAUAUCCCAGGUGGAAUGUUACCCCCACCUCCAGUAAGGUCACCGAAAAUAACAGAGGAGGUUUAAUGUUGCUCAAGGUUCCAGGCUGUGUGCCAGAUUGGGGCACCCUUCUAGAGCACUUGGGUUUGUUCUGUGAGUGUGAGUGUUGUGAAUAGUUGUAUGGGAGGAGGGGGGGGGUGCUGAGUGUGACUUUGUUAUAUGUUUACACCCCUACUGCUUCUCUUUUCCUGCUUCCCGAGUGGAGAGCAAUCCCUGGUGGUCUGGUGGGGGAAGUAUUGUGGUCUGUUCCAAUUUAAUAAGCUCUUUUGUGGUCUGGCACCCAGUAAAUGACUCAAAGCACAGUCACUGAAAAAUGCCGGUGAAUCACGAGGGAUCUUUUAAAGUGGUUUUCACCUGAUAGUGGACCAGACACAACUCCCUCAAUGAAGUGAAAUGGCCCAGGGCCAAGCAAUGAGAUCUUUUUGAUCUCCCUGCCAGUUCAAGGAGGAACCCCUUUACAGCCAAAUUUGGAAAUCCGGGUGCAGACAUGAGCCCACUAGGCCUCUGUCUGAGCCUGGACCCUAGGAGGCUGCCUAAUGGAUAACCUGGCUUUGGAAACUAAGCAUGUUGGGAGGCAUUCCCUCACAAUGAUGUAUGUAACCUAAAUAUUAAUCUUCUAACUUAACAAAGUCUUUAUAAAUGUAACUAGCAACGGAAUCCCAACACAGAAUUCAACAUGGACAACUUGAUCUGUAGCACUCUCCAGAUCUUCUUCGCUGGGAUGGAAACCACCAGUAUAACAUUGACCUAUGGGUUCCUGCUUCUUCUCAAAUAUCCUGAUAUCCAAGGUAUUGCUUCUGCUAAAAGCUUUCCUCCUGGGAAUAUGUAGAUAUCAUAUAAGCUCUUCAGAGAAAAUAUUUUCAUCCUUUACAUAAAUAUUAAAGGAAUUAAAAUUGUAAAUUUAAAAAAAAAAACACAUAAAAAAAUAAAAGAAUUUAAUUUAGACGUAUUUCCAGAACUGUAAUUUGUGUUUUAAUUUUCUAUUUUAUCUUAUUUCUAUGUGCUUGCUGUCACUCCUUGAAUGAAUUAAACUGGGCAGCCAGUGAUAGGCUGAUAGCAUCAGUUCACACUCUCAGUCAAUCACCAGAUCCCAAAGCUUGUCAGUUACUUUCAUCCCUGCUCAAUACAUUGCCUGGGAGAAUGGACUGGACAGCAGAAUUCUGUGCACUAGGGAAACACCUUAAGUGUUAAACUGUUUGAAAACCAUUUAACACCUUAAGAUAAGACUUUGCCCAGGAGCUCCAGAGGUCAAAGCAAUGUCAUUGAGAUUUAGUUGUCUUGAGGGAAGAGUCCCUUUUACAAAUUAUAUUAUUUGUAGUUAAAUUAUUCAUUGAUCCAUGGAAGUAGUGUUGUGACUAAAUUAUCUAUUUAUGUAUUUCAAUAUUUGCUCUUUAAGUACUUUAAAGCUAUUUUUUUUUUUUUUUACCAGAAAAAGUCCACGAGGAGAUUGAUCGCGUAAUAGGCAGAGAUCGCUGUCCUACAUACCAGGACAAGGGAAUGAUGCCAUAUACAGAGGCAGUGAUCCAUGAGUUCCUCAGAUACAAUGACCUAGUACCAUUUAGCAUGCCACGUAGGAUGACAGAGGACACAGAAUUUUAUGGUUACAAUAUUCCUAAGGUUUGUACAGGAGGUGCAUCAGGCACCCUUUAUUCCCUGCACAAAAUAAUCGUGACAGAAAUUUUUUUGUAUUUUUUUUUUUCCCUUAUUUUCAGGAAACCGAUGUCUACCUUUUCUUGAGCUCUGCUCACAAAGAUCCAGAUUUCUUUCCAAACCCAGAAUCUUUCAAUCCUGAGAACUUCCUAGAUGAAGAUGGACGGUUUAAGAAGAGUGAGGCAUAUCUGGUGUUUGCUGCUGGUCAGUUUUAAUGGGAGUACAAUGUAUCAUCUCUCAUUUUCAUGCAAUAUUAUUUAGUGCUGACUGAGCUUAGAAGCAGAUGGAUAUAGGGAAUUGAUAGAAAAUAUUCAGAAUGGUGCUGUCGAUGUGGGGUACAUGGUGGCAUGUAACUGGUGACCCAGCAUUGGGAACCUGGAAAACUGGGCUGUAAAAUGACACAGAGCACUCUGAUUGGUUACUUAAUCCACCAAUCAGAGUGCUCUGUGUCAUUUUACACAGCGUGGGAAAAUUCCAAAGAACAGCUUGCCUGCCAGUCUCUUCAUUUACCUGUCAGCGCAUUCUGAUUGGAUGGCUUAAACCCACCAAUCAGAGUGCUCUGAGCCUAAUUGCAGGGCGGGGCAAGGCUUUAUAAGCCUUCCCCCGCCCUGCAGAGCUUAGGCUGCGCGGAGCCCUCCAUAGGUGAAGAUUGCUUUUUUUUUGCGCUCGUUUUUUUGUUUUUGUUUUUUUUUUAAAGUGCGUCGGUUAUUAUGGAUUUUGAUUUGGCCUUUUUUGAGGCUGAAAAAAGAUUUUAGAAGAACGUAAACAUCAAAUGGUAAGUUUUAUUUUAUCUUUUUUUAACAGGUACUUAGUUAAUGCCCCCCGCCAUUAUGUUUAGGGUGAUGGGGGUAGGUAGGGGUUAGUUUUUUGUUUUUUUUUGGGAGGGGGGUGACUAGAGGUCUGGGGACCCUUAGUCAACUGGGGGGGUUUAUUUAUGGCCCCCACCUACCGCUCAGGGGUAGGGGACAGGGGGGAGGACAAAAGGUCCCACCCCUUAUUGUUAUUUAGGGCCCCCACCCGCCGUGCAGGGGUGGGGGCCGGGAGGGAGGACAUUAGGUCCCCCCCAAUUUUUAUUGAUGGCCCCCACCCACCGCUCAGGGGUGGGGGGAGGAUAUUAGGUCCCCACCCAUUUUUUAUUUAUGGCCCUCACCCACUGCUCAGGGGUGGGGGCGGGGGGAGGACAGUAGGCUCCCCCAAUUGUUAUUCAGGGCCCCCAACCUCCAUGCAUGACAGGGGUGGGGGCCGGGGGGAGGACAUUAGGUCCCCCCCCAAUUUUUAUUUAUGGCCCCCACCCACCGCUCAAGGUUGGGGGCCAGAGGGGAGGACAGUAGGUCCCCCCCAUUUUUUAUUUAUGGCCCCCACCCACCGUGCAGGGGUGGGGGCCUGGGGGGAGAACAGUUGGUCCCCCCCUCCACAUUCUUCUUUAGGGCCCCCACCCGUCGCACAGGGGUGGGGGCAAUAGGUUUUUUUUUUUUCUUUUACAGUGAGCAGCCAGGUGUCCACUCAACUCUACUUGGGACCCAGAGUGUUGUCAGUCUCUCACUGGCACUGGGUAAAUACAUCAAAUAAGUGGGUGCUAACAAUCUGUAUGCGAUAUUUCCUGUAUGAGUUUACGUUCUUUGCCGCACUGUAUGAACACCUGGACUUCAGAUGAUAUAUAUUGUGUAACACCUAACUCUACUUUCUGAAACUGGGAUGGGGUUUCCUGUCCUUGAGUAGGAGCAGGUCACUAUUGAUAUUCAGUCACCACCUGAUGUCCGCUGGUGGGGGAUACAAGGGACCAGUGGAAAGGGGCCAUUUUAGCGACUGUCCAAUUAGAAUUCCCCAUAUGUUACCAAAUGACUUUCCCUCAUUCAAUAAGGGGCUGUUUGGACUUCGGUAAAUUGACCCUUUAAAUAAAUGUAUUGUGUAACACCGUUGUCUGCCCUCUGAUACUCGGAUGGCUACUUAUAAAGAAAUGAAUCUGGUAAAUGCCUCUUCUACUUCUUUAGGUAAAAGAAAUUGUCUUGGGGAGAGUUUGGCUCACAUGGAAAUCUUCUUACUGUUCACAUCCAUCCUGCAAAACUUCACUCUGACGUCUCCUCUAUCGCUCGAUGCCAUCGAUAUUGACCCUAUAACGACCGUACUGGGGAACUUUCCCAAACCCUACAUGCUAUAUGCAAAGCCUCGUUAAAAUUUACCUUUUAUAUUACAUCUGUCACAUUUUAGGGAGAAAAUUACUCAUACUGUUCUCACACAGUUUGUUCGACCUAAUUCAUGAUACUUAUUUAGCAAAUGUUCUCAGAAUGUUGUUGAUGUUAGAUUCACUUUUAAAUCUAACUUUAGUAAUUAGCAUGUUGGUAUCUCUCCUUAUAUGUACUUAUAAUAAAACCAUGUAAGGCAGGAAGAGAACAAUAUGUGUCCUCUGGAUUAAUGCAGCACUGGGCUUCUUAAAGUAAAAUUUAGAGAUAUAUAAAGCACGCUUUCUGAUACAUUAAGAUUAAUGUGUAUAGCAUGUGUUGGUUUCUUAUCAGAAUAAAUGUAUAAAUACAGAUUGUGUACUGUGUCAGUGUUACUGUAGGUGUGUGAAUGAAUAUUGUAUAAUGUGUGUGGGGAAGUCUUGUAUUUAGUCACUGUAUGAAUGUAUAUACAUUGAGUAUUUAAUCUCAACAAGACUUGUG